UUCCAGUGUAUGGUUUGUGGACUACAAGUGCAAAAGCAGUUUUCAAUUUAAUGAGGCCCCACUGUAUCUGUGUCAUAUCAUAAGACGCGAUUCUUGUGAUAUGACACAGAUACAGUGGGGCCUCAUUAAAUUGAAGUUUAUGGAACCAUGAAAAACAUGUAAAUUAUGUUGCACAAUAAAAGAAUAAGCUUGGGAACAGACGCAUGAAACUUUGAUGCAGAGGCACAUAUUGCCUUUAUCUACCGUUACAUGGUUACUUUAAGCGCUAAUUCAUCUCUGCAGGAGUGUUUGGUCUGAUGGCUUGUGGCACCCAGGAAAACAUAAUUUGGAAUUGGCACUGUUGCACUCAAGGAAACUGGGCGUUACAUCUUUUCCUUGCAAGCAGCACAAUUUUUACAGUAUACCUGUGCUUUGGCAGUUAUUUUGAUGUAGACAUCAAUCAACUCAGAUGGGCCACUAACUGACUAUUAGUACAGCAGCAUUUUUUAAUGCCAGAGAAAGCUUAAUGUCCAUAGUGCCCAAUCUCUCAGCAGUGGAAAAUGCUGUGAAAUAUUUUAUAAUAAAUAUUUUAAUCUGCAGUCAUGCUCAUGUUAGUGCAGUGCUAUACUGAAGACACCUGUGAGUGCGAUUGGAAUUAUAUGCCUGGAUAAGGAAGAAGCCAAUGACAAGUGCAAGUAAAACUAUAUGAAAUUUAUUGCUUGUUUAUCAAGGCAACCAUAGUAUGUCUCAUGCCUUCAUAGCUGUUGAAAGAAGGCAUGAGCAGCACUAGGGUUCUCGUAAACCAAAGCUCGAGCCAACAAAUUAUCUAGGUAGGAGCAUGCUGGUUGCCUGAAUUGUUUGGCAACAUUUGCAGCAAAAAUGAAGUUUAAUGAAUUAGCUCUGAUUUCAAAUAAACCAGUAUCAAAUUAUCAAGGUUUUACUGUAUAAUGGGGUGAAUUUGGAAGUGCACAUGUUCCUUUAAUUACUUUACACUAUCUAUUUGAAUUUGCGCCGUAAAAACUGUCCUUUAUUAAGUGGAGUAUUACUAGCAAUGUAUUGUCCGUUUUCGUUUUUUUGGGUUGCUGAGAGAGUUCUUAAGGCUUGUGCCAAAUGGUACUGUGAUUUUUAUAGUGAAUUUGAGAGUUUCUAGGAACUCUGCUGUUCUUUGUGUAUGAAUAAACUGAAGUGGCUUGUUGUAAUGAAGUUAUGAUUGUUGUUUUGCUAGAAUUUGAUUGAUGUUGAGUGCUUUCUUGCUGUUUAUGUUGAAUGCAAUAAAGUCCAGCUUGUCAUGUUUGCGACAGGCCGGCAAGAGUGCCAAAAGGUUGUUUUUUAUGCGUGUGUGUGCUUUUCUUUGUAAGAAUGUCUUGCUGCAUUUUCUUAUGGUGCCUAAUGUCCCAGUUAUGCACAUUUUAAAGCUCCAUGCAGUGCCAACUUUAAUAGAUUGUCAAAAACACAUCUAAUAACUGUUGUAUUUUAAAGAAAGUGUAAUAAAAAAUUCUUUCACAUUAAAGAUUUUCAUGUGAUGCAAGAUAGCAGGAAUGGCAGUCUAUUUGUCAUCCUAUUUGCUGAUGGAAAUUAUUGUGAAAGAAUUUACUUGUACUAUGUUUUCAGUUGCAUACUUCCUUGAAAACCUAAUAGUCCAGUUGCUGCAUGGUGUUUUGGUGCAAGUCACAUUUCAUGCUGCAUUUCUAUUUCCUUUUUUUUCCCCCCUUGGUUUGCUAAAGCUUUCCUUAGUAGUGAGCGCUUGAUAUAUCUCACAUUUGUUCAGGGAAAAAUUGAUUGAAUAUACUGUGGUCUACUUUCUUCAGUGCAUAAGAAGCAAUGUUUAGUAUUGCAAUAUGUUAUUUUAUGGUAUGUGUGUGUUGGCAGGUGCAUGAUGUGCAUCCUGAGUAAUCUGCCCAUCCAAACUUUGUUGUAUAAACACUGAAAUUGAUUCAAGAGGUGCAUUUUACAAUUUUAAUGUAUACAUUAUCUUCAAUGUCAAAACUUCCUACUUACAAAAGCCUUUUUCUUUAAUAUUUUUACUGCCGCAUUUUAUAGUGUCAGCUGUAGAUAUUAAAUCACUUGUACACCUUCAGUUGAACUUGGGUGAUUCACACCAACUUGACGAAAUAUUGUAAUAAAGUUAAAGUUUUAUUUCAUUGGUUUUAAAAAUAUUUUGAGAUAUUCAUAUUGCAGUAUAAAAUUUUUUUCGUAGAAAUUCUCGCCUCAUAACUUCGCUGUGCAGCUCAUUUUCUUAUUUGUUUAUGCCACUUUUUGUUCAUUUAGAUUUAUACUUGUCCCAAGUACCAGAGGCAAAGAAACCAUUUUAAGUUAAUGUGCAAAUAAGAAUAGAUGGGGAUCAUGGGCAUUACAGAAAUAUAGCUGCUACCACGUAAAUUUAUAUGAGGUCUCCUUUAAGUGUUGGUUAUAUUGAAUAAUGGCUGUGCAUGUACUUUAGGGAAGAGUUGACUGCACUGGUUUGGUGUAUAUGGACAAAACAGAAGUAUUAAUCUGCAUGAUGGAAUUCCAACCUCUUAACCUAUCAAAUGAAUAAGAUGCAUAGGUAAAGAAAAAAGAGGUUUCGAGCCAAUGAAAAAUUGUGCAAGACUUUGCAGAUUCCUUUUUAUGAAAUUAGCAGUGUCCUGUUGGAUGAUUUCUAGUAAAUAUGUGAAGAUGAGGAAAUAGUAUUUUGUUAAAAAUUUGAACAAAUUGGGGCAUGCGAAAAAAUUAAAUAAUGGGUAUCCACACAAUUACACAGCCUUGUUAAUACUGCAUGCAGUGUAAAUGGUACUAGUUCAGUUAAAUUCAGACGUACAUUUAAGAUAAGCUAUUUGUUUGUAAGUGGUUCUAGUUAGGGCCUUUAAUUUACAUUUGGCAAAAAUAGUCAAGAUAGCCUUGUGUUUUCAUUUGCCUCAUUGUAACACACAUUUUCUUGGACUUUCUUUUUUUUUUCCCUUUAAUGUGGCCACUGCAUUGCUGGGACAUAAUGGCCAGAACAACAUGUAUGCGGCUAAUUCUGUGUGUGUUGUGGCUGAGUACUUGGUGGACUGGCUGCAUUCCAUCUGAACCCUUUGCACAGCUGAGUACAAAGCAUUGCUAUGUUUAGUACCAGAAGACAAACAGUGGACAUGGGAGAGGAACACACCAGCACAAGCACUAAAUUCUGAAUGCGUUUUUUGUGUUCCUCUUUUGUGCCCAUAAUCUUUCCUGUGACAUUAAGUGCUGUAAUGGGCCAGUACCAGCCAGGCCAGAACUGACAUGUUGGUCAGUGUAAAACUAAACAACGUGCUGCUCUUCUUUCAGUUCCACUCAUCGCUACACGUCCGGCACUUCGCAACGCCUCCCGUGCACGAAAUGUCCUCAAGGGCCUCUUUAAGUGCAACCAGUGUCGAGCAGAGUUCACAGAAAACGCCAACCUGUCACGCCAUCGCCGCACAAUGCAUGCAGCGGUGCCAAGUGUGUUUGUCUGCCACAUCUGCACAAGGACAUUUAAUCGCAGUGACAACAUGCACAUGCACAUCAAGAAUGUUCAUGGUGGAGGCAGUGUGGUGGCAUCAAAGUGAAGCACACUUCAGCUGCAGACCUUUUCUACAUGGGAGAACCUGCUUGGUGUCUUCUGGUGCUCUUCAGUGUGUGAACUAUCACGUGUGAUGAUUAGGCAGAUAUACAAAGUUGUUAAGAAGUGUUUAUCCAGUGUUCAUGCUUCUGAUCAAAAGAAGCAAUAUUUGAAAGCGAUGUCUUGCUCAGGACAUUUCAAUGAUAAUAUGUUGCAUUAUGACUGAGAACUAUUGAGCUUGUCAUUCCACGGAUCUCAGCUAGAAGUUGCAUACAAAGCCUAUAGAAUGUGAUGAUUGUAGGCAAUUGCUGGUAAAAUACAAGUGCGACGAACAAGCUGUUUUGCAAAUCUGAGCUUCUAGAAUGGACCAAAAGUUACCUGAUUGUUACACUAGCUGUCAUAUGGUACCUGCUUGACAAUGUUUGUGGAGCCAAAGAUAAGAUUUAUUUGCCUCUGCUGUGAUCUUUUUUUCUAAAACACUCACACAAUGCAGACUUAUUUCUUUUGCAGACACUAAGCACAAUUUAGAUAUAAACUGGUGAAACAAUACCAAGUGCUGUUACAGACAAAUGGGCAUCCCGUUUGAGGCAAUUGGAAGUGGGACAGUAAUCUUUAGAUGCACAAUCUUAGGUAAGGAGUGCAGCUGCAAGUGGCUGUAUAUCUUUUUCUGUGCAGGAUGACAGUGUAAUGUAUGUGCAUUUGCACCAUAAAGCUUUCCAGUCUGCACGAAAGCAUUCCAUUAUAUGUUAGCUUUGGUAAGUGAUUGUUGUGGGUGCAUUGUCUGAUGCAGCUGCGAUCAUUAAGCUAUAUUGUGGCAGUCUUCCGUAAAAAAAUUGCUCGGUAGUAUUCUGUUGUGUCGUGGAACACAUUAACGACAGUUAUGCUGUUGUCUUAUGACAUCAGCACUAUGGAGAUGUUCUACUUGGAAGUUAGUAAGGUGACAGAGUGAAAAAGCUUGUACAGGAUAGAGACAUAAAGAAAGGACUCUGACAUGAGCACUUAAAUGAGAGCUUGUGUCGCUUGUUUCAUUAUUUUUUAAUGUCUGUCAUAUUCAUGCUAUUUUUCGCUAUAACAUCAGCACCUUUAAAUAUAAAUAUUUUGUAUUCAGGAUAUCGACAUCUUGAACACCCUUAAUUAAAAUCUUUUUUUCAUACACUCUUUGAAAACUUUUUUAAAAUGGAUGUUUUCCUUGAAUUUCUUGAAAACUGGGGUGCUGGCAUUUCUGAUUAUGAAAACCAGCAAACGUAAGAUGUGGAAACGCAUGUUAGUAGCCCUGCCCUUGGUAGCCCUGUAAAAUAUAUAUUGGUGUUUUACGCAGAAAAGGCCAUGUUCACAAGUUAUUUGAGUCAAAAGGCCACAUGGUUUGAAAAAAGUACUGCAGUGUGUGGCAACCCAUGUUCAUGCCAAACAGUGCACAUUUUAUUUCUUCGUGUGUGUUUUGUUAUUUAAAAAAAUAUUUGAUGAAAUACAUGCACACUUUCAUGUUUUCAUUUUUGCAUUAGUCUAUUUCGAUAUUGCUUUAUGUAGUACACUCUUGACUGCGCAUUCAAAAGGUUAAAGUCACACCGCUAUCACCACAAACACCAUGAAAUAUGGAGAUUGCCUCUGCAGGGUUGUUUCUGAUAGCCAGGGCCGAUAGCAUCUGCUGAACAGACCUAGAAGUAGAGAGAAGUGUAGUCUUUGUGGAUGAAUCAUUGCAACCAUAAAUCAUUUUUGUGACUUCAAGCAUACAACAAGCUCUUGAAUAUCACCUUGAGUAUUAAAAUUCUUGCAUUGUUCUGAAAUACAUAUACUUCAUGGACCCUGUGGACAGUAAACUAAAAUUUUCAAGAAAAUAUAAUGAUGGUACUUGUAAAAUCAGCAGAAACUAGGGCCAUGUAGUUUCUAGUUACAUUUGGUUCAAUCAGUUGCAAUAGCGAAUUAAGUAUAUGCAGAUUUGUCGCCGUAUCUCCAAGCAUGACAUUGCAAAUGUCACAAAAUGGUUCAGUUUAUUUCACUUUGCUGCUGUUCAUUCACUAUGCAGCUUACCUUUAAUUGCUGCAGUGUGUGGGUCAUUAGCAUACACACAAGGAGGAGCAACGGUUGCUGCACCUUUCUCCUCCUUGAUUGAUUGAGUGAUUGAUCCAUUGUUGGUUUGUUUUAUUAGAAGGGGAAAAGAAGGAGGUAAGAAAUGAAGGGCCAUGGGCAUCUUAACUGUCUCACUCCUCAGUAUACACCUCAAUUACUGUUCCGCAGCUUUGAGAAAGUUAGAGAAAAGAUAGGGGAGAGGAAAAAUAUAAUAGACUAAGAGAAAAGUGAGAGAAGGGAGGGUGUCAGUUUGAAAAGCAUAUUUGGCAGCCCAUCUAAGGUUUUGGAGCAUAAAUGAUCAGGAAAAACAGAACUGCUGCAUGUGUGCCAGUACUGGUAGCCCUGCAGCCAGCCAUCAUGAAGCAGAGCUGGGCUGAACAAGGUGCUGUUAUGUGAAAUAUGGUUUGCAGUAGAUGGCCCUGCUUUUAGUUUGCAUUCAAAGCACAAGACUACUGUCAGGUGACUCUGUAAAGGGCAAGCUUUGCUGUCAUUAAGAGAAAUGUGAUGCCUGUUGCCAUGAUCCUGUUCUUGUUACAUGUUGCCAUGACUACAGCCUUGGAGCUUUUUUCAAGACUAGGACAGCACUACAUCAGAAUUAUUGAUCACAAAAUAAUGCCUUGUUACUGGAAGCCUUGAGUGAACUUCUAGUAAGCUGCUAUUUGCCCACCCAUGCCACAUGCCAGAUUAAAUGUUAAAGUUUGUCAUCGAACUUGUAACACGUCACAGAACAUGCAUAGAUUGGUGACAUAACUAUAUUGAAUUUCUUCAGUUUCUGGAAGCAUUUGUGGGUCUCGGCUGGUGCUUUUAUUCAACUUCUUUUGCACAUUAAAUACUUUUAGGUCUCUUUUUUUUUGGUGGUCUAUACAGAAUGUUACCUGCAAGAAUCAAUUUGAAAUUUCCAAUCCACAUUGACAUGUUGCUGUUGCUGUUUUGCAUAAGGACUCUGCUGCCAGCCUUGCUUUAACAGUCAUUCUUGCACUCAUAAGCUCUACAAGGUUAUAAAGCAUGCUUAUAAAAAUAUUGUAUUUCACCCCCUCCCUAGAAAUUAAACCUGAGUAGAUUUCAUCCACACUAAUUUUUGCUGAAGUUUACAAUUAGUUAAAUGGGCCUUACAGCACUGUCUUGCUCAUGAAAGAGCCCUGUGUCAUGAAUGUCCUCAUGCAAGAAGUUUACAGAAGCGUUUUAUAUGAUGAUGAGUUAUCAGAAAGUUCCCACUUGUCAAUGUUGAGGAUUUCAUCUUUGUCCUUAAUUAAUGGUACAUUGGAUGUGUGAGGCUCACUGAUGUGAGUAGUGAAUCUCCUGCAGUGAUGUUUCAUGCUAUGGUUUUUCUUUUUUCUUCUCGCACAUCUAAGCUAGCUAUACCCACUUUUUUAGUGCACAAUUCACCAUGCUCAUUCAGUUUGCUUUCUGUACGUUUGUUCCUACUCUUGAGUUUGCACUCUCUGCUGCUUUGUCAAUGUAGUGUCUGCUGUUCUGUGUUGGUGUGGCGAAUAGCAACUAUGUUAUACUGGGAAUAAAAUUAAUGUUUCUAGUGCCACAAAAGGGGACAAAAACUGACAAGUGUUUUAAUUUUUUUGUGGCAUUACAAACACUAAUGGUAAUCUAAAGCACCAACUUUCCUAACAAGAGCCAGUAUAACGUAAAACUAUUAAUAUCAGUUUUUGUUCCAACUCUGCCUUUAGCCUUCCAUGAUAGGUCAGAAUAGCUCGUGCUGAGCCCAUAUAGGAGGGGUCCGAGCCAUUUCAAUCUAUCAUGGAGUGCUAAUGGUGGAUUUGGAAUAAAAACAGAUUGGAAUAGUUUUGCAUUAUCCCGGAAAAGACCUUCCAUGCUGCGAUGCUACUAGUGGCAGUGAGAGGCAAGCAAUGCAGGGAGUGUAGGAACAUCCUAGGCGAGCUGUAGGAUCUCUUCUGUCUAGAAAAUUUAGUUUGGGUGUUCGUUAUUGUAGGUGCUACUAAUUGAAUGAUUGAAUGAUUGUAUAAAGUUCAAAUUUAUUGGGUCUCCUAAAAAUGCACCUAGAAUUACGCAUAGGCAGGUAUGAGACGGAUCCUUCCAGUUUUAUUUUCCGAGUGAGCUACUUAAAAAAAAAAAAAAAACUAUUCUGCAAACUACGAAUAUAAUACCCAGCGUAAAUAACCCAUCCACUGUAUUUAUUCCUUUGAAACUUACAAUUUCUUUGCUGCAGUUAUAAGUUGCAGUAUGAUUGGAAAAUGUGGGAGCCAGUGGAUGUGGCAAUUUCACAAUAUACUGCAGCUAGUGGCAUGCUUUGCAUUGCUGUGGCCAUAAUGGUUUGCACGUUGCAUGUGAACCAAGUCCUAGUAUUGAGCACUGCAUAAGUUUGGAGCCUGGUAAAGAAAUGUGGGAACUUUUAUACAAAAUGAGUAUAUAAAUGCCUUUAUAAAAAAAUAAUUUAAUGUUGCAGUCGGAUAAAUGCAGAUAAUGUUUUUACAUUAUGUAUGUCUUAUAAGUAAAGCAUGCUUGUGUGUGUGUGUGUGUAGUGCUAUGGCAAUGGGCAUUUCAUGCCUACACCUACCCUUGGAGACUGCAUGGAACACCUAUUUCUUGGCUGACCUCUUAAUGCUGGAACAUGUCUAUUUUUCUCUAAUUGGUUAAGGAAGCCUCAUUUUCACACUUGUGCCUUUUUUAGCUAUAUAAUACUCACUUCAGUUGUGUGAGUAGCUCUGCUACCCAAAAAUGAUAGUGCGACUGAUUGUCAAAACUGUUAGUAGUGGUCUCAAGUUGCCUUUUUUUGGUGGUAUUUCAUGUAAUGGUGCUGCGAUAUUCAGUUUUGCAUGCUGCUAAUGCCUUUUUUCACGUCACGCAGCAAUGCCAGAAAGUCGCAUGUAGAUGGACCUUUUCAUGUACAGUACAAGGGGUGAAAACUUUCCUAAAAUGCUGUCAGAUGAGAGAAGAAGCUUUUAUUUUUAAAUCAUGUCGGGGCUAUAUUUAUGCCUUCAUUUUAAGUUACUUUUCAAAGGAGUUUUCUUUUUUAAGUGUGUCAUUUCCAUCUUAUUAGAAAAUCGUAAAAGGAGCCAGUUCUGAUGUCCUUAGAUGACAAGCAAGCAUUCAGAUUCUGCUUAGAGUUGUCUUCAGUAACUUGUGACUGUUUGCCUUCUAAAAAGAAAAGGGGCACUGUUGCUUGCAUUAAUGCAUCAUCAGUGUAAAAAGAUACUUUUCUAAAGCAGGGAAGUGCAGUGGUUGAGGUUCGUUGCUUGCCCUAAGUUUAAAAGAGAAACUGCAGCAACAAAUGUUUAUGUAAUGCCUUCCUUUAAGUGUGAAAGUAACGACUUUGAAUGCUCUUAAUUACCCUUAACUUAAUGUUGUUAGUCUAGUAUCAAGCUUGCCCUUGGCUCCUGUUUGACUACCUUCUUUUGAUGUUAUUGUAUCAUAUUAUAAAUGCUUUCUGCCUUCCUUCUCCUUCUAUUCAUGUCCACUGCAGGAUGAAGGCCUUUCAUAGCAGUCUCUAAUUAAACCUGUGUUACGUCUGCCAACUUCAUUCUAGGCCUGCAAAUUUUCUAAUUACACCACAAAAUUCUCUGCUGUCCUCGGCUGUGUUUUUGUUCCCUUUGCAUCCAUUGUGCUUCUCUAAUCGACCAACAGUUAUUGGCUGUAUGCAUUACAUGACCCAUCAAAUUUUGAUUCUUUCUCCUUAUGUCAACUAGAAUAUCAGCUGCACGUGUCGGCUUUCCAUUCAUAUAUGUUAACAUUACGGCUAUGAUUUUCUGUUCUAUUGCUCGUUCUGUGGCCCUUAGCAUCUUCUUUUUGUUACCCUCACUGGUAGAGUGUAAGUCUAUUACAUAUUUUUUAUUGCAGAAUAUUGGUAAGCUAUUAUUGAUCAGCUAUUAAUGACUUUGUAGUGCCUCUCACAAGUGCUCCAACGGUUUUUAUUCAUCAGCAUAUUUCCUUCUUGUUAUCCUGUCCCCAUAAAUAAUUGGCCUACAUAAAGUACUCCUUCACUGUUUGAAGGGGCUGAUACCCAAUCAUAAACCCUUUGUGCCCUUGCCAGGCUGUUAAACAAUACUUUAGUUUCCUGCAUAAUAAUUUCCGAACCUGCCCUGAAACUUUGGAAACUCAGGUUUUCAAUCAUUUAUUUCAGUUCAUCUCCACUGUUAAACAGGAAAGUGUCAUCUUCAAACCACAGAUUGCGGGAAUGUUCCCUGUUAAUCCUUACACCUGAUCAUUUAAGCUAGCAUCUAGAAUACCUCUUGCAAGCAUGCAUUGAAUAAUGACAUAUAGAGUGUGCUCCUUGCCUGGGCACCAUUCUUAGCCAGUAUUUUGGAGGCAAAGGGGAGUGCUAAAAUUGUACGGAAAGGCUGCUGGAGAAGUUGACAGGAAAGACACUCACUUGCAACUAAGGUUUAUUGGACAAUAAUUUGUGAGCAUUACCGAGCACAGAGUGACAGUCAGAAACGAAAUGAGAAUCAAGGCUUUCUUUUUUUUUAAUUUAAUGUGGAAGAAAGGUGAUAAGGUAAAUGCCAAAACAUUGGUCUAUCUUUUCAUGCUCCCCUACACAAGUGGAAACAAGGUUGGCAUGUGCAAAAACAGUAGGAGGGCCCCCGCAACUGAAUCUUAAGCAACUCUGAAACGACAAUUCUUUGCCCAUCACACCUUGAUGGCACACUAAUGCACACAUAUCCGUGUGUGCUGAUCUGGCCAACCUCCAAGAUAUAUUUUUCCAGUUUGCCUUUUGCUCAGCUUGUCACCAUGGCUUCUUCAAAAAGUGCUGAGUAGCUGCAUUUCUCACAGCGUGCCGAUAUGAGCUUGGCUACCAGUGCAUUGUGGUAAAAAUAUUUCAUGAAAUGUCAUGUGGAAUGUAGUAAACUGUGGCACAAAUUACAUGGCGCAGAAUAUAGCUGCAAUCUCUCACCUGCCUGCCAGUGUACCAGUAAUAUUACUUGCAUAGAAAUAUAACUGCAAGGCAGCUCAUGGUAUUUGGAAAAAAAGAGAAAAAGGAACGCUCGUGCGACACCUUUCUAAUAUUUUUAAUAAUAAUUUUAGAGGUUCAAGUAAUGUCUGUAUAAUGUUGCCUAAAAUUAGCAACACACAUUCCUAAAAAUCCCAGGUAGCUUCUCACAGCUGCACUGCUGAGCUGCUUGAAAUGUGAAUGAGAACUAGGUUUUGGUGGAGAGUCGCCUCUAAGAUGUGGUUGACGCAUACGUGCAUGCUGCUUUGUUGUGGUAUUUUGACCUCGACUCUAAAGCCUGAAGUAUGUCUUUUGGAUUGUGUGCUUGUACCUGACAUUGCAGGCUUGCUUAAUUAUCAGUUAUGCAUUGCACCAUCAAGAAAGGUGUGAGAAUUGACACUGCAAGUGAACCGGUCAUCUGCCCUUGUCAUUUUUUUCAUAGCAGUCCCUUACAUGCUUUUAUUCAAAAUAUUGCUGUGCCACAACUGAGAAACUGGUGAAAGAUGACCACUACAGUACACUGUGUGCAUGUGGGUGCUGAAAAAAAACCUUGUUUUUGUUUGUGCAUUGAGUAUCUAGAGAGCAGUGCUUAUAUGUGUUUGUUAGUAAGCUAUUGGCUGCAAAAUUAACAGUUUUUUAGUGUAGAAUGCAUGCCAUUUUAGCCUGGAUGACUGUGACUGACAAGUUGUCUGUUCUACCAAUGUACGAGGCAUUGCUUCUUUUCGCACAAUCCUGAAUCUUUUUCAGCAAACUUUAGCUUGUUCUGGCUCUAGUCACUAUUAUUGCCUGUGCCACUGUCGGACACUGUUAUGAGCCUGCUUUGACCUGUCUGUGAGAUUUGUCUGAUACAAAUGAGCAUAAACGCAUGUUGUCGGUGAAGUAACAGAGGUAUUUAAUAGGCUCAUAGAGGUAAAAUGUACGUUUUGUUUAAGCUUUGGAUAUCUUGAGCAAGGGAAACAGACAUAACACGUUGUGUGACUGUACUUGUCUCACCCCAAGUAUUACUUCUUUCUUUCUUUUUUCUUUGGAAGCAGUAUUUUUAAGUUUGUUUUGAGUACACAGCCUUUCUUCAGUUUUAUUUUUAAUUUUCUUAGGAUGUUGUUGCUGCCUUUUAUGAUGUUUGUGAACAGUGCCUUGAUACAGAAUUAUUGCUGCAGUCCUCUUGCAUGCUAAGCUUUAUAUUUUUUUGUUCUUGCAUCUUUGCAUAGCAGAAGAAAGAUACUUGAAAUUAAUGAUGGGUAGUGUUCUUUUUUUGUUUCACACUUCUCAUUUAUACUACAAAUAAAGUUUCAUUUUGCCUUAUGUCAUGAGAUGGCCUUGUUAAUUUUUUAACGUGGUUAUCUCGUUUCAGCAUGCACAUUGUUACCAACACUACUUGUGAUUUUCACAAAAUUCUGAUCUGUGAUUAUUGUCUGGGUGGCUGUAAAUAUUCUGUAAUAUUUAAUACCUGCAUUUAUUUCAUUUUAGCUUGCAAACUUGGAAGCUAAAUUCUGCCUUUAUUUGCACACAUUACUACAGUCGCUUCUAGCAGCUACUGCCUAAUUGUUUAAUGGAGGACAGAAACUAUGGUCAGCAUGUUACCGAUAUUCUGGAACUAAGUAGUUCAGUUUGCUUGAUUGAUGUUUAAUUUAAUGUUCAUUUUAGUAUUAUUUAUUUAUUCACAGUAACCUUAAAGGUACUCAGCUGAGGGUAUUACAUAAAAGGUGAUUGUCAUAAAUAUGACUAUGCGGUUCUGUCACUGUAAAGCAUAAUUGUAUUAAUAUUUUUAAUAAAUGCCAGCUUUUUUUUUAUUUUGUAGGUGGGCUGUUACUGGCGCACAUACCUCAGUGUCGCUGCGUAUCAGAAGUAUAUGUUAUGCUUUAUACUUGAUAAGAUGUAAAAAUGGUUAACAAAGAUUUUCUUAUUUCUAACAUUCACAGAUACUACAUGCUCACUCUCCAUCAGUGAGUCUGUGGGUUUUAUGCAGGUUUUAUGCUUUAUUUUUUAGCUGAUGAACUUUUCUGGCUGUUACGCACAGCCUGAUUUGGUAUCUGCUGUGGACAGAGGACGGUGAUUGUAUCAGUGUACUGCUAAAAGUUGCUGAUGACAGUUGUUUAAGCUCUAAAGGAGAUGGCAUUCGAAAUGGUGUGAGACAUUGGCCCAUAUCCUUGCUUGUUGCAGAGCCAAUGGUAGCACUGGAACACCAUAACAUGUUUCCACAUCUAAGCAUAUCUGGGCCCACUUUUGCAGUGCAUGUACAUUUAGCUUUGGCAAAAGCUGGUCACUCAUGCCCGAGUAUAAAUGACAGCAGGAAAUGUGUUAACUGCAGCAGGCAACAUGGCAGUGGCUUAUUCCACUUCCUUGGCCAUGUGCUGUGGUCCGAGUGUCGACACCUAGUUUUGGUGUUGGUUCCCUUCAGAGAGCCCAUCACGAUUGCAUGAUUGCAGUGUUAUAAAUUGCACUUAUGCAGAUGCUGUUACUUCUGAAUGUUUUGAAAGCAAUGUUGUUCGCAAAUAUAGUUCCUGAAGCUUUAUUUUUAACAUUGAGAAUGUACUUGGAUACAUCUAGCCUCUGAUAAUACUGCUUAGCAUUUCUGGAAUAAAGGGUCUAAUGGGGGCUUCACCAUAUAAAUUUUUGCAUUGAGUGCCUGCCUAAAAGCAUGAAAUGUUCAAUAGUGCUUUUCAAACUCUGAAUAGCUAUGUAAUAUUAUCCAUCAUUUUUUAUGUCAAUCCUUUUAGUAGAGCUCAAUAAUGAUUUCAACAUGUGAGGAAAUGGCUAAAUGUCUGCAGUCUUUCAGUCACCAGUUUUUGGAUAAUAAUUUAGUAAGAAACAGAUGUCAUGCUUGCCGAUUAAUGUUAACUCAAAGUAAGAAAGUGUCCGUGCUUUUGGAAGUAAGGAAAGAUCAGAUAGGUGACUGCAUAUUUAUUUAUUCAUUUAUUGAUUAAUUUAUUUAUUCACUGGUGCCUGAAAGUACUUGCUUUAAUAGUUUAUAUGAUCCUCAUGUCAUAUGGAGAUGUAAGUGCAAAUAAAUGACUGUGCUUAAUGCAUCAUAAUAGGAUUAAUGUAAUUUUUAUAUGAAGUCAGUGACACUUUAAUUUAUAUCUUUCUAGCAAGUUGAUUAAGUACACAUAUCAAACCGUCAAAAGUGAUAGCUUAUGCAAUAAUUCACGUCUAUUGAUGCGACAGCUAUUGAAUUGUAAACUGUAUUGCACCACUGACCUCAAAUUAUGCGGAAUCUGUUCAUUAAAAGGAACAAAAUUGUAAAUAUGUAAUGCAUAUGCUUUGUUCACUUAAGCUGAUGCAAUGUGAAUGCAGUGGAUGACUUUUCUGUGUCACUGAUGUCACAGGAUUGCAUAAUAAAUGCUGCAGAUUCUUUCUGUUAAUAAAAGCAGCUGGCAGCAUGUUAUUGCUGAUAUGCGUUUCAUCUGAAGUAAGCGUUGGUUAUGGGCUAAUGUGAAUGCAACAUACAUGCUUCUGUGUGAGACAGUAGAUGAGAGCUGUGUCUACAUGUGUCACAUUUUCGGGCCUCUUCUUUUUAUGCAAGACUUGUUCUUCUCAAGUUAUAGCUGAUCGUUCUGAAUUUAGAAAUGCUAAAACCAGUAUAACAAACAUUUGAACUUUUUUUUUUUUUUUUCAUAAUUGGCAUUGACAUUUGCAAGUAUGAAUAGACAUAAAUAAGAAGGACCCAAAUGGGAUGGGUACUUGUUCUUCAUGCAUGUCUGUUUAUGGAUGUCUCUAGUGAAAGUGAUAAAAAGAAGGGAAAGGGGGACUAUGUUAACCAUCAGAUCCCAUCUUAAGUUAGGACAACUAUGCUUGCUGAAAGAGCUAUUCUAUAUGCCCCUGAUUAUUUGUUUGGGCAGAUUGUCAUGCAUGAGGAGCAUUUUUAUAUAAAAUAUUGUGGCAUGAAGGCUUAGUAUGUUAAUGCUGCUAGUGUGUGAAAUGUAAAACAGUACAUCAUAUCAAUCUGUUGAAAAAAGAUACCCUGUAAAUGUUAGUCAGAAAAAAAAAAAUCCUUUCUUUUUUGAACUCUCCAGUAGAAUAUUAGGAUACAGAUUAAUACAUUUGAUGUUUGCAGUAAAUCCUUAAUAUUUGUGUGCAAAUAGCAGAAUACAAGAACCAUGUACAGUAAAUGAUGUACUACUGUUACCUUGGUGCUACAUACCAAAAGCCAUAACUUAUAUAUGCUCAUUCAGCACUUAGGGUUAAAUGCACCUAGAGGAUUGACUGCCAGCGCUUAGCAUUUCAAUAAUGCAUUGUUACAGGCUCAAAACAUAGUUGAUACAUCCAUAGACUAAACUUGCAGUUUUGUGCUCGGUAACUGAAUGCAUGAGGCAUAAAGCGCAAUUGUGCUCUCAUAUGUGAACAUAGCUGAACAUAGCUUGUGGCCCAGCUCAGCACUGUUUCUCAUUUCUUGCAGACUGGGACAUGUUCACAUCCUCGCUGGCGUCGCUCGUUGCUGGUGACACAUCAAAUGAUGAAACUGUAGAAAUGGCGCAAACAGAAGAAAAACUUGGUCCUGCCGAAUGCCCAAUCUGCCACAAAGUUCUCUGCAACUAUUUCAUCAUGAAACGACACAUGGUGCUGCAUGACCGGAACCGGCUGGCCUAUGAGUGUACUUUGUGCAACAAGGCUUUCAAAUGGAAGCAUGGGCUCAUUCGACAUUGCCGGACUGCGCACACAGCAGAUGUUGAUUUGUGCUAACUCUCUGUGCUAGGCUUCUGAUCUGUGCCAACAUUUUGAUAAUUAUGCUUUAACAUUGUAAUAGUUAAUCUUUUUCAUUCCAUUAUGAAUACCUGUGAUGUUCAUGAAUUUGAUGUUAGUAAAUAUUGUGCCUUUUCUCAGAUCAGUGUUCUGGCAGCCCCUAAGGGAUGCAAAAUAGAGCUCACUCUAUGAUUGUUACAAGAGUGGCAUUUGCUGCUGUUCAUUGUAAUGAAAAUGUAGCUUAUCUUGCAUAAUUUCAACCUAGCAACAAUUGAUUGCCAAGAACAAUUAAUUUUACGACGUCUUUAAACAGAUACUGCUCAUCUGUAAUGCACUGAUCAUGGACCUGAUUCUUAGCCUUUCAUAACUGGAGAAAUAACAAAGGUAAGUUAUGUGAGCUCAAUACACGUGAGAAUACUUGGCUGGGAGCUAGUGUGUGAAGUCAGGUGCUUAAUUAUGCAAUCUUAAGAGGAAUCCUUUAACGGUGGCAUUUCAUCCCACACCCUGCGAUGAAUGUGUGAAGUAUCAUUCAAGCCCCUGAUCGACUCAUUCUUAGUACCUGCUGUGGUGGCUCAGUGACCAUGGUGUAGUGCUGCUGACAGUGACAUCGCAGGUUCGAUUCCCGGCUACAGCAGCCACAUUUCAAUUAGAGCGGAAUGCAAAGAACACGCUCAUGUACCACGCAUAGUGCACAUGUUAAAGAACCCCACUCCCCACUACGGCAUCGCUUACACUGUACAAUGUUGGGAUGUUCAAUCCCCUACAUUUUAAAUUUUGUUGGUACUAGUACUAGUUGCAUGUCCUUCACACAAUGCACAGGCUGCCAACUAUACGUUUGUUGAGUACAAUUUAGAACUGCCUGGCAGAGAGCUAACAUUGUCAGAUAUAAGAGCAAGCACUUGCCAGAGCAAAAAUAACAGCAAUGUCAAUUCUUAUUUGAGGAUCUGUACGUGUUUAAUGUUCACAAUGAACAUUAAAGAAUGCGGUAGCCCACCGACUAUGGCGUUGCACUACUAAGCUUGAGGUUGCGGGUUUGAUUCUGGCCACGACAGUGGCAUUCCAAUGGGGGCGCAACAGCAAAAACGUUCAUGUACCGUGCAUUCGGUACACAUGUACACGUGAAAAAACCCCAGGUGAUCAAAAUGCCAGAAUUUAAUUUUAAUUUAAUGUUCAAAAUGAAGCUAAAGCACUAGAACUGAGCUUUAAGUAUAAAAAUAGAUGACAAAGACUACGUUGUCAUGCAUUUUCUUUCUUCCCCUUUUUUUCCCCCUUCAUACUUUACGCACAGAGCAAAUUUUUUUGCCUUUAUUGCGAGUACUAAAGGACAUGUACAGGCACCAAGUCAAUCUUUAAAAAUUUGUCUUGUUCUCUUGUUUUCUUAGUUCACUGCUUGCUGUUAAACUUUAAAACAUUGCCAAAAAAUAAAAAGAGGCUUUGCAACAAUACUCACAUGCUCACACUUUAAAAAUUAUGCAGGUGAAAGAAAAUGCAUGAUCAGUUUGAGAAGUUUAUACCUAAGCAGCUUAGGUAUAAACUUCUCAAACUGAUCAUGUAUUUUCUUUCACCUGCAUAAUUUUUAAAGUGUUAGCAUGUGAGUAUUGUUGCAAAGCCUCUUUUUAUUUUUAAUUGUUUAACAUAUGCUCUAAAAAUAACUAAUUGAAAAAUUUUACCUGUCUCAUUAAUUAGAAGAGGUCACUCGCCAGGAAACUCACAUGAUAUUGUAACAGUCGCACAAAAUAUAAAGUGUGUGCUCUGGUUCACGUAACACAAACUAUGUCUUGGCUUCAGUUGGGUGCAGUACUGUGGCAGAAGGUGAAAAAAUCUCUACACUUAUCAGGCUCAAAAUAAUGAGUCCUUAUUUCAAAGAAUUGGCAACUGGUCAGAUGUAACCUUGAAACUGGUGAUUUUUUUGUAUGUGGACAGUUCUCAAUAUGCAGGGUGUUCAUUUUUAAGUUUUACAGAAUUUUUUUUAAUCGCAUGUGACAGGUAGCAUAAUUCUUAUCGUUGAGCUGGGUUAUUCGAAGAGGCGGACAUUAUUAGCUCGAGAAUUCGAAACACAUAUAGAACUAAUUAACAAAAAUUGACUAAUAAACACAUAGAACUAAUCAACAAAAAUUGACUAAUUCACUUCCUAGUUAAUUACUUUACGAUACAUAUUGCAAUUUACAAAUUGUAGCCGGUGAGUGUGCGAGGUGUAUCCACUUGGAAUGAAUUUCCAGGAUGACACCAGCUUCGAGAUCUUAUUUCCCAAAGUGUGGGACGAAAUACAUGGGCGUUCCAGUUACUUUUGUGCUUCAAUGUAUAAAACGGCAUUUUGGUAAAAAAGUAAGUGGAGCAACAGUGUAUUUUUAUGGCGAGUUUGACGGCGCAUAUCUCCAAACUGGUGAUAUUCUGGAAAUUCAUUCUAAAUGGAUACGCCUGACAAGCUCACCGGCUACAAUUCGUAAAUUGCAAUAUGUGUCAUAAAGUAAUUAUUAAUUAAAUGAAUUUUUGGUAAUUAGUUGAAUAUGUGUUUUGAUUUCUCGUGCUACUUAUGUCUGCCUCAUGGAAUAAUCCAGCUCAAUGAUAAGAAUUAUGCUACCUGCCACAGGCGAUUUCUAAAAAUUCCGUAAAACUUACAAAUGAACACUCUGUAUGUGUCUGUGGAGUAUAUGUGUGAUGUUUAUUGGGACCACUUGCUGCGUAGUGCUUCUAUGUACCGGUGGAGUAUGUGCAUGUCUUUGUGCUUGGUGGUAAAGACAAAAGUGCAAUAAAUAAACAAGGAAAAGAUUUAAUAGCAGAUGGCACUGGCAUCUGAAGACUGUAAGCUUGAGAGACUAUGACACUUUGUUGUUUGACACAUUCCAUUAUAUCCUGACUGCUCUGUAGACUAAGCUUCGGUGUUAAAAAGCAUCAUUUUGUAUAUAGGCAGUGACAUUACCUUAUUGCCAUGCAUUGUGAAAAGUGCUGAAUGUUAUGUCCGUUAAUUAUAACAGUGCUUUCUUGUUGAUCUCAGAAGGCCAAAAUGUGAAUGUUGUGCUGUGUUGUCUAAACUGAUCUAUUUUUCUAUAUUGCUGUCAUAUGUGAGCUGCCGGUUUCUUGGUUAUUUAUGUGUUAGGGCAUGGUUAACCGUCACUAGUCUUUUUUUUUUCCCCUCCUGCACCAUAAGCCUCCUUCUAAUAAACCAUUAUUCCAGACACUUAACAUGUUAUGAAUGAUGCAUGGAAAGUCACUAUGGGCAAGUAUCACUAGAGUAGAUGUUAGCAGUUUUCAGGCUCUUGCCCAUUGAGUAUAUUUUCUCAGCUGUGCCAUUUAUCUCUUAUGCGCUAGUAUGUUUACAUGUGACAUUGCAAGAGUUUCUCUGGGUGGGAUGUAAAAACCAAAGAAAAUAAUGCCAUGAAUGCUUCAGCUUCCUUUGAACUUCGCCCAGGCAGGUGUGUCAGAAAUGUGAAACAAUAUCUGUGGGACUGUCGUCUAGAAACUUGCCUAGGUGACAGACCAGCUCUGUAAUAAAGCAACCAAAGCCAAAAAAAGGUGAUGGUGAAAUAGCUUAGCAUUCUGUUCACUGAGCUUUAGAUCUGAGCAAAGUACUUGCCUCAGUGGUUGUGUUGUCCUGCUGCCGAGCACAAGAUCACGGGUUUGAAACCUUGUCACAAUGGGCAAAUUCUAAUAGGAACAGAAUGGAAAAAGCACAGUAAACUCAUGCAACCUGGCAGAACUGCAGCCUAAUUUCCACUGAAGCUGGUUUUUACAAGCACUUGUAUUAAGAAUUUUAAUUGCCUGUGAAUAAAUUGCACACUUUAAACCUGCCCUCAUGUGACUCAUGACAUGGAUUCCACUUCGUGCAAAUUUAAACUUGGGUGUGUCACAUUUCAUUCUCCCCCAUUACAUCGGGAAAACAUGCAUAUAAUGCUUGUGUAAUGUAAUUAGUGCAUGUGUGCACAUUAAAUUUUGCAUAAACUUCAGACAUAGCGUGCCCCCCUAUAUUUCCAUCAUAUAUAAAGUUGGCGCCACUCUCAGUUCUCCCAGCGGGCAAACACACUUCCCUACUUCGUAGGAUGACUAAAAAUAGGGAGAAAAAGAGUGAGUAGUUCUUUGCAAAGCUUAUAAUUAAUCCCAAAUUGUGAAACAUUUGCACUUACCAGCUCCCCAAUUUCACCAAAUGUGAGCGCAAUGUGGUGCACAGUCCUCCCAGGACGCUGUCAUGGAGAAACAAAAGCAGAAUGCACGACAUUUCUCUUCGGGCAGUCUGGUGGCCUUCUGGAAAUGCAAAGCAUUGUAUAGAGUCAUGUGGAAAUCCUCUUUCUGCGUGGCAUCAAGUAAUAAAUUUCGCUUCGCAGUAUAAAACCAGUAGGACCACAUGUAACCACAUGAACUUAAGAUCAUUUUGCCUCCAGCCCAUCCAUUCUCAUAUGUAUGACUUACUUUUCAUGUUGUCCACUUGGUACUUUAGCUUGCAUGUUCCUUACAUGCUUCUGUUGCUUCUUUUCUUAAAAUGGCUUUCUUGAGCAUUGUGUUUUUCUCUCGCUCGUUCUCUCUUUUCAUGGAGCUAGCACAAUUAAAUUUGAAGGGUAUGCUGGGCAUCUUAAAGUGUGUUAAUUAGAAACAUUGUGGGAAAUUAAGAAAGUUGUUAUUGUGUCUUGGGGCUUGGUGGAAAUGUUGUGCUAUAGCAAAAGGCACAACAGAAGAGAGACAGAAACCAUAAAUUCUUGGCACGCUGGGGAACAUCCAACAGCAUGGCAUUUCAGAACUGUAGGUUUUGUAUUUGGGACGAAACUUGGUAUGAAUAAAGGGUGUCUUGAAAAGAGCAUGCUGGAGAAAUUUUAAUGUUGUAGGUGCUCUGGAAACACCAUAGAAAAUGAUUGAAUUUGUGCUAAUUCGGAUUCUUCUCUAUACUUGCCAGGGUGGGGGUGGUAGACGAAAAAGAUUCUGUUAGUGAACUAGUAAGCAGAGAAAGAUCAAACUUCGUAGGAAUAAAGCAUGCAUUUGGAGGAAUAUGAUGGACAGUUUUCAAAAUUAUAAGUAUAUUGGGGGCACUCUAGAGCCUCUAAAAUGCUCCUUUGAACAGAGUGUAAAACUAUAAGAAUGGUUGUUGUAGGCAAAAGGCUUAGCAUUGCUGCUUCAAACUUUGCGUGCAUACACGGGUACUCUCUAUGCUUGGAAUCAAUUAUUGAAGGCAUCUUUUCAAAUCAAUUCAUCAAUGUUCAGAAUCAAUUUCAAAGUUCGAAGCAGUGCAUAGUAAACCAACACAGAAAGUGAAAAAUGGGACAUCUGUUUGUUUGCUGCAUGCUGCUGUCAUGGAUAAGUUCCAGCUUGCCCAAUCCACGAUCCUUCUUCAAAAAUGAUAAUUUGAAAGUGUUGAUUGUAAUCAGUUGUGAAUUCUAUACUGCCAGUUCUGGCACAACAUUUAUGACUUGCUGCAGCAGUCACAUGGAGGCAGUGCGGAGUGUGCACAAACUGUGAUUCAUAAACUCGCAUUUGUGAUUCACAAAGUCACAUUCACCAAAUGUGAAUAUCAUGUUCUGCACUAACCAGAAACGCCAGGAUCUAUGGCUUCUCUGCCUCGAAUUUAUAGUGGCAGCUGCUGCUAUCACUUUCACACUAACGCUCUAAAUCAUAGUUGUUGCCAGAAUCUACAUGAUAUUGGGAAAUUUCACAGGUAAUUAAAUUCUGUUUUAAGAUUUUUUACAUUCUCUUCAAACAAGCCACCGCAGGUGUAGAUACUCUGGAUAAUUAGCUUUGCAGUAUAGCACAAGUGACCUUUUGCACUAAUCAAGUGCAGUAAAUUGUUAUCACUUUAUUGAAAUGCAUUAAUUUCUUUGCACACAACUCAUAUCUCUGCAGCUGUGGACAAAUAUUAGUGUAAUGCAGCUUGUUUUCAGUUCUCAUACACUGGUCAUACGCAGCAGUUUCCAGUUUCUACAGGAGUUUGGCUUUCUAUAGAAAACCAGUUUCUGAAGUACUUUUGGCGAGUAACUUCUGUGACAAUUUCGCUAAUUGCAACUUUAUUUUUGAUGCUGCUGCAGAUGGUGGGGCCAUUUACACAGAAGCUACUUCAUACCAUAAUACUAGAAUUUCUGCAUUAAGGAGGCAGGGAGUACGCGGCUUGCGUGUAUGAUUAAAAAAAAAAGUUACCUUUUCAGUGGUUGUGCAUCAAUGCAUUCUGCAUGGGGUCCAUAAAUUCAUAAGGUUCUUUUUAAUGUGAUUAGCAGUCUUAGCCUACUUCCCCCACUUAGUGGUUAGCACCGUGUUUCUAGCCUUCUUACUCCGGUGGUCUUUCCAAUAAAAAAAAACGAGACUUGAAAAACUUGUAUACUGGUCGGUAUCGAACCUGGGUCCCCAAGCACAGCACCCCAAUGCUGUGUCCGCUCGACCACGAUAAGGGCUGGGCAAUGAGGGAUUAAUUCUUAUUGUUAGCAUGCACUGGCAUGUCAUCGGUGCAAUCUCGAAUGUCAUGCAAAAGGAAGGGGACUUCGUGCAUGCACCACUAUAUGGCACAGCGUGUCCAAAGGGGAGCAUGAGAGAGGAGCCCUGGUUCCAGUACACGACUCGUACAUGACGCAUUUCGGCAGUGGCUCUUUCAGUUCUCUCUAUUUACCUUUAAACCAGAUCUUUACCAAUCCUCUCAUGAAGGAAUCUUCCACCACCAAUUAAAUUACAUGUGCACCACCAUUGAAUAGCUAAUCGCAUUAACAAAAUACAUUCGCAAAGGAUGGGUUCUGUCUGAAUUUGAAUUUUGUAUGGUAUCAGAGCAGUCCACUGUGAAUUUGUGGUAUUCAUAUGUUUCCCAGCAAGUGCUUGUCAGCACCAAAGAUUGAUACAAUUACAUUCCCCAAUAUUUCACAGCUUUGAGGUGCAGUUAUUUCGGGCAACAAUAGGUGCCACUAUUCUUGUGCAUGAUUUCCUUUUGUUUAUACUACGUGCCCACUACUAUGAGGCUGUGCUAUGAGACAACAUAUUGUCUUUGACUUGAAAGUACAAGGCACACUACGUUAGAAAUAUGUGACAAAAUUGUGAUAACUUCUAGUGUAUGUCAUGUAGAUGCUUCCCAAUACAGAUGUAGUUAGUACUUAAUUUACCAGUUGUUUUUAUUUUUGGUUAAAGUCAUGUCUUUUGGUGAAAUUUCUUUGUUUAGGUGUUGAUGUAGCAUUGUUGGUUAGUACCAUCAGUUCAACUCUUGUCUUCUGCUGUAAUUCAGUGUAAUCAGCAUCAAGGAUGGCAUAAACGCUAUGCAGCAUAUCACUGUAGAAUUGUGCAAUGCAGCUUGAAAAUGCCAAGCAGUGCCAUUACAAAGGGCUUGAUUGUACAAUGUACAGAAAUUUACAGUAUACCAUGUAUUGAGCAGUGGAGACAUUUCCUUAAAGAUAAUAAUCUAGUUUGUAACUUCUUUGGAUUUAUAAAUACCCUUGGAACUGACUGCUCUCAGUAUAAAUAUUGAUUUUUUAAAGUUUUUCCAGCAUUUUUAGACAUAUGGGACAUAAACCACUCAUCAUAUUUAUGUCCAUUCACCGACAGGCACUUAAGUGAUGCUUUAUGACCUACAUUGAUGCAGAAGUUCACCCUUAUGGGACAGCACAACAAGUACCCCAUAAAAAUUUUAAUGCUAAUUCACUUACUUCUUGCACUAUACCACACAAAAAGCAAGCAAAAAGUGCAUCCUUUUGGGCUCUGUGGGCAUGUUACACAGCUCAUUUUAAAAGCGUAAGCAAUGACAUAUAGGUGAUAGACAUGUCAGAGCAAGGAAACUGUCGUUAUUAAUUGCCCACAGAACAUCCAUGUGAAAAUCCACACAAGAACCCCUACGAAUGUAGUAAACUACAUUAAUGAUUUAUAUAAGUGGUUUAGAUGAUUUAAAUCACCUAACGUGGCUGUAAGGAUUUGCUUAGUUACAGCAGUGACCAUCCAUAUCUAUCUGUACACUGCAUGUUACAAUGCUGGCACAUUCAAGUUGGCCUUUCUUUUUCUCUCUAUUCAGUGGUUGUAUUGGCCAUAUUUAUGCAUAUUAUUUUCCGAAGUACGUAGCAGCGCCUUACUACUAGCGUGCCAUGUGGUGUUUACUUGAAGAUAGAUGUGCCAUCAUAGACGGAUUGGUAACUAAAUAAGCUUCCACAGCAGCCUGGUAUUGUCAACUCUUUGUGAAUGACACUGUUUUAAAUAUGAAUAAUGCAAGAGGGUUUUAACUUAUCAAACAAGUGACUUAGCAAAUCUUGCCAAAGUCGCCGCAGUUAUUAUUGUUCUAGCUUGAUAUGUGAUGUGCAUGCAGAGUACAUCUGUGACGAUGCUUCAAAAAGGUUCUAUGCAUUUACUUCAUGAUUGUUUGUAUAUAGUGAACUUUGGUAAAGCUUCUCAAAAGUUAUACCGGUGUCACACGGGUCACUCUCGAUCGCGAUCGAGCCCGAUCCGGAUCGAAAUUUUCGACCGUGAUUGGCUUCCUCCCUCAGCUUGCUCAAGGGAGCCAAUCGUGACCGAGAAAUUCGAUCCCGAUCGGGUUUGAUCACGAUCAAAAGUGCGCCAUGUGACACCGAUAUUAUUGUGCAGUGCUUAUAAAUUUAAAAUAUGCAAGGGUCGUUCAAGAUAGACUGGGAUUUCUUCCUGUAGAAGGAACAUAAACUGGAGCAACAUUGCAGAAUUUUAAAACAAUGGAAAAGUACCCCUGUUCACUAUUCCAGUUGUGACAUAGAGCAAUAGACAGAUGCACAAUGGUUACAUCUAUCAUGACGAUUAUCCACUUGUUAGUGAUUGUAUGGUGCUACAUAAUCAAAUUAAAGAAAGAGAACAUAAAUUCAGCUGACGCUCUAGGCAUGGUGUCAUGAACAAACAGCAUCACAGACGUGUGUGUGCAUGGUCUCUGCUGUUGGUGAAAGGUGGAAGUCGGUGGUGAAUCAACACCAUAGACACAGUCACCUGACUGCAAGAACCAGCCUUGUGCUGACUACAAUAGCAGCCUGUAUCCGUCAGUGCCACAUGAAUUUGAAAGCUGUCAGAGCAAUGGCAGUGAUGCUAAAGCAUUCAUGGAGCAAAGUUUAAAAAACUCUGGCCUCAAAUCUGUAAAAGCAUGUGUUAGCUUUGUCUGAACCCUAUAUAUUGUUGCAAUCAACUCUUCAACUGUAUAAGAACAAUAAAAGUAAUUAUCCAUAUGCUGUGUGCUAAUGUUGGCUCAUUCUAACACAACUAUAUCAUGUUUCCUUGUGUGUUGUUUUCACCACGCUGCAGUCCGCUGCCCGUACUGGUAUAUAUAUGAAGUGUUGCUGUUGGUUGUUAUUUUGCUAGUCAAGUUAUCUUGUUACUGCUCUUGGAGUGCCUUGCAUCACGAGAGUUCAUGAGAGCUAUGUGUUGGAAGAGUGCUUUAAUGCUUAUUGACUGCAACUUGAAAUUGUAACCCCUGUGGUGGUCUUGUUAUUAUGCGGUCAUUAUAAUUGGUGGGCAGCUGACUAGUGGCAGCCAAUGAGGAAAUUCUCUCACAUAAGAAAUAUCUUGUGAAUACGGGUUCAAGAUUUUUUUUACCAGCACAAGCUGAAGGCCAUUUCACCUGCACUUUUUGAACUGGUUCACACUAGUUCAGUGCUAGUUCCAUGCUCACCUUAGCCACGUCUGAAAGUCUUCCAUGUCUGCACUACCCCUUAUGUAAUGGAUGGAAUUCUUAAUCCAUGCACAAAGCCUAUACCAAGUUAUAUAAGUAGUUACUGUGUGUGGGUGCUGCGAUAUUGGCAGCAGUAAAAUACCUUCGGAACUAGGUGAGAAAAGUGCAGAUGACUCAAAUGGACCUGAAAGAUCAAAGGUCACAUUGCACUCCAGUCUUUGUCUAGUAUGUGGGGCCACCAGGAAGCACGUGAUGUAUGCUUCCCCUGACGUAAAGUGUAUUUCUUUGUUACGCCGCGUGGUGGGCGGCCGUCUCGUAGAAAGUGCAGAAUUGUAGUGUGGAGAAUAUGUGAAGGAAGCCGCAACCUAUCUCAUUCCUCCUUUCUCUUUGUUCAUCUUGCAGGUGCCCCCGUGCCAAGGAGGCGCGGCCGGCCGCCGCUAUUGGGAAAGCGCGGACAGCCCGUUGACCUGGAAUGCCCUAUUUGUCACAAGACUUUUUCGAACAAAAGUAACUACGACGGCCAUCUGACCAUGCACACCCCGCAGCGAAAGCGCUACCGCUGCGACAUAUGCAACAAAUCGUUCCUGUGGCGCAACAACGUUUACGCUCACAAGAGAAAGAUACACAACGUCCCAUCAAGCCGUGGCGCUAAAAACGCCGGCUUCAAACCGGCAAUGGUCGCUCCAACUUCUGACGCACAGAAUUGGAGUAAUAUGAUGCGACCGUCGAUGCUCCCUCCAGCGGGGUUUUCUGCAUCACCAUCGCUAUUGCUCCUUCAGGCAGCUAGCGCCGCCUGGAACGACUCUAGAGAAGCUCAAGAGAAGUAGAUUGUUUUUAUUUUAUUUUUUUAAACUCUCGCUCUUAUUUUGGUUUUCUGUCUACAGGUUUCUCUUAUUCUUUAGAAGAAAAGCAAACCGGCAAAACGAAAUGGAGAGAGGAGAGAAUAGAAAAUCCGUAGAGGCAAGGGGCGAUCCGGCUUUAUAUAUGUAUUUUUGUUAAGAAAACAAGAAUUAAUGACAAAGAGGCAAUCUCCUAUUUGAACGUGUCUGAAGGAGUCAUUUCAGUGUGCGGUGGCCUGAAAAUAAUAAGAAGCACAAGGCAGCUUCGGCCAAUCGCGCCGCACGUAACGCUCUUUGCAUCCGGAGUACUGUGCUGAAUUUUUCUCGUUCAGCGAGGCCAGACCGGCUGAAAACUGCAGCGUCGGCUAUGUGAGAACGUUCAUUUUGGUGCUUGCUAGUGUUCUCUUUGGGGCAAAUGCUCGCGGUUGCAACGCAGUGGCGUGAAAACUGCGUGUGCACGCAUUACUAGAAAGGUGUAACCGAAACCUCUGGGUGUUUCUCAAACAGCUGCAGCUUGCGGCUGUGGCAGCAGCUUGUGCGGUAGGUCCGUACAGUUAUGGAAAGCCUUGAUGAGCGCCUGCACGUCACAUCUGCAGCGCCCGUAAGGCCCAGUAGGCCUAGGCUAGCUGGUAAUAACGGCGCAUUAAAGUUCGCGCCAGUGUUUCGUGAUCAUACGUCCGGAUACUGCAUCCCCUGUCUUCACCGUAGUACGUGUUACGGCCGUAUGCAUGACGCACUUGUCGAGCCUUGGGGAGGGGAUCAGGCGCCCUGUCUUGUUCAAAUGGACGCUCGCUUGACCUCGUUUGUGUGCGAUUUUCGCCAGAAGCUCGCGCCGUUUGGGGAGUAAAUUAUUUUGCAUCUCUGUCGGAACUUGAAAGAACGGAGAGCGAGCAAUAAUCGGGUCUUGAUGGACUUUGCAUUUAGUUUGAUUGAUUUUUCGUUUGUUGUGUGUCGAAGAGCUGACGUGGGUGCAAUGCCCUCCUUCACCGCAAGGACUUCCGACAGCCGUACUAUGCUGUACGUGGGUUUCGGGCGUCCGACGCUGCAGCGUUGCGUUCCUUGAAAGUUGCUUCGUCUGCCGGCAAGCGUCGUCCGUGCCUUAUUUAUCUUCGUGUGGUCCAAGACCGAAAAACUCAAAAAAGGAAAAAAAAAAAGAAAAAAAAAGGGGGAACGCUGUGGGGGGGUCCACAAACGCAGGCAGCGACUGCAUAAAACGCUAUUUUCUACUCUGCCAAAGCGGAAGCACUGCGCCGUUAUAAUUUUGAGCAUUCAACUGUCCAAGGUGCAUUGUAAUCACAAGUGUCGCAUGGUGUAUCUGGCGGAGCGAGCGGUGUGCGAUGAAAGCUCGAUGGAAGCUUAUGGAAAAGACGCCAAAGUGACAGAUCUGGCUAGGCGCCACAUUCUGCUCGAUGGUAGCUGCGUUGCUCUCGCUCACGUCGUUUACGCAUUUGGCUGUCGUAGUUGUGUGAACAUAGUUUCCUUCUCGAAUUGAUCGUGCUCCGACGAUGCAUGGGCGUACGUCUGACAAAAUUUAGCUUUUCUGAUCCUAUCCGAGUGAAAAUAGCCGUCCCAGAACCUUGUCGCAUUUGUACGCUUCAACUUUCGCCUAUGGUGGACGUGUGCUGUGGGGCAUAACAGCCCAGUCACACGCGAUUUCGGUGGCAGCUGUUUGUGCUGUUACAAUUCCAGCUCAAAGGCCCACACCUCCCUCAGGAUGGUUGAUAAAUUGGGAAGUGGGGCAUGUGAGAAGCGUAGUCGAUGUGAUCAAAGGCAGGUUUAAUUGAUAAUUAGCAGUAAAUCAUUAAUAUUAACUUCAGUCGAGCAUCCAGAACACUGGUUGUUUCCAAUACUGUAGUCGUGCUGAAAAUGAUCAAACCCUUCCUGCAUUCUUUUAUAAGGUGUUUGGGCCAAGUGUCAUGAAACGGUGUGGUGGAAUGGCCCAUUUUUAACAGGAGGAUGCGGCGGCAGAUCCCUGCAGAUACAAGGGUGGUCUGCUGGGUGCACCCACACAUGUACCACAAAACAAAAAAUUCUCCCACUUGCACAAAAAUUUGCAAAAAGUUCUGCUGAAAAAUGGAAAUAACUUCUACGCCAACCCACUAUACAUAUGAAGUUCCAUCUGAGCUUGUAACAGUACCCAGUCAUAGAAUAGUAAAUCUGGAUGAACUUACAAAAACUUACUUGCUUUUGAACUUGCUUGCUUUCCUUCAGUCAUGUGCCCACAUCUUAAAACACUAGAAAUUUCCAUCAUUUCUUUGAGAGUCCUGGUUAUCUUUGAAGUGAUUGUACCAAGCUUCUAUUUUCUUCUUAACAGUUUCAGUAGUGUUCAUGGAGCCAUGCUUAUCUUAAUGAAAAUUUAAUGGGAAUUUGCAUUUAUAUUUUCUGUGCUUGAAUGUGUAUGCAUAUAUGCAUUUAUUGUUAACGUCCACUCUCAUUGCUUGUAAGGCAACAUCGAAGUCCCCUAAAUAAUGAGCAUCAUACUAACAGUGUCAUAAUCAUUUCUGGUAAAUAUAAUUAUCAGGAAUGAAGGAGGUCUUAUAAAUUGAGUCCUGACAAAAUUGGCAGUAACACCAUCAUGCAAAUUACCCUUGCAUGUCAAAAGUGUUUGGUUCUAGCCCAUCUGCCAAUUAACAAUAGGAAUGGAACAACUGAAAUGAGAUCCUAUAUUAGUUCAUGUUUUAAGUCACCCUCGGUUUUGUUGUCAUGGAUGCAAUCUUAAGAUGGCAACUAUUAUAGGUUAUUUAAUAUUAAAAACACUAUACAGAUAACUCCUGCAUGGUACUUCUUCACUGAACAAUGUGGAAAUUAAAUAAUGUAAAAAUGUCUUUACAUCUAUGCACUACGAGUACUUUGUUUUAUGUUUGCUAUGUUAUAGCUAUUUUUCUCAGUUUAAAUGAAUUUAGCAUGGAUGUAUAGUUAGAACUUUGACAGUCUUGACAAGCACAGCACCCUUAGUACAUUUAUUGUGCUAAUAAAGUCACUUUUGGUUAGCUAAUUAUGCAAAUUAUAUUUUAUGAAUCUAGUGGGCAUUUUAAUACUUAAAUGGGGAUGAGGUUUAGACAGUACAUUUUGUGGCAUACUGAAUGGGGUACACUGUUAGUACUCUUACACUAUAAUGCUCUCAUUUUGAUCAAUGUUUAUUCCAUGAGUUAUAUUGCUGAGUAUAAUAAAAAUUUUAAAUUGGCUGCCAUAAUGGAAGAGCCCCCAGUUUGUACUUAGAAAGGCCUGUUUUCUAACCUUUAUCAUUUGUGCUACUCAAAAUAGGUGCAUGUAUAGUAACUUGUAGAGUCCAAAGUAUGCAUUUUGUGAUGCGUAGGCAAUGGUUCUGAAUUUCAUUUUAAUAUGCCAGCUCAGUGCAGUACUUUAUGUUCGUGUGGUUUGUUCUUUGAUAUCGUUCAGUGGCAGCGUAGUUACUUAACCCUUUAACUAUCAAGGUAGCUCGAACUGCACUCAUCUUGGCUGUUUGUACAAAUAUCACCAAAGACGAGCCAUACUCGUCCAGGCCACAGCUUUUCCUGCUUUGCUUGCCGAAGACGAGUUUCACUUGGCAGCUCAGUUCACACUGUGCAUCAUAGUUUCAGUGCCUGAACACAUUCUUUGAUGCUCUCAAUUCUUUUCAUUACCAUCUGUUCAGAUAAUUAUGCUCGAACUUUACACGUGUACAGAGGCAAAGUCUCUCUUUUAGAGCACGUAUUUUAUUAUUUCAGGUUAAUAUGAGAGAUAUACCAUACAUGCAUAAAAUUUUGGAGCACAGAUAUAAUGUGCAAUAAUUUGGUGGAAUAAAAAAAAAAUUUUGUGGACCUCUUUAUGAAAACAUUUGGGAGUUAAAGGGUUAAAAAAAAGGAAAGGAAUAUUUUGCCUUUUAGUACUUUACAUUUUACUUAGUGUAAAAAAAGUUCCAUCACAAAAUCUGCAAAUUUACAGAGCCACAGAGUCAUGUUGCCCAUUUCUGUUUGUACAUGCACAUUUUUUGUUCCUCUCGAAGAGUUGUAUUAAAAGGGCCGUGCAGCAUCUUCUAUAACCAUUUCACGAAUGCAUUUCAAAAAAAUUUUUUUUUUAGUUCGUCACAUGUGAAGGGAGUUAAUGAAACAUCGUCCUUGCCACGUCGUUGCAGCAUUUCCCUCCUUUUUGUUCUACUUCUGUGUACUAACACAGGAGUUAGGCAGAGCUAUGCCCGCAAUGUUUUGCCCACAAAAUUCGAGUAAGUUCAAAAUAAUGCCGGCACGUCUUGCACUGAGCGAUAACAUUAGGUUGCUGGUGGGUGAAAUGCAGUUCGGAAAAAAGAAUAAAUAAGUAUACGUGUCAAUAUGUAAGUCAUCACAUAGUUUUGAUACUGGUGUAGGGGUGUCACACCCUGCCACCAGAUGGUGCCACCGCCUUGUCAAUGAUGAGACUUCACUGUUAUGUGUCAGGCCCAUCUGAAACUGCUAACAUAUUUUCAUGUAUUCGCGCUAAGCACAAAAUCACUAAAAAUUGUGGUAGUCGGCACACUGCAUUCCAAACAUUUGUCUAGGAUUCACUCAGCCACCCACAAAAACAUUGCUCAGUGACUGGUACAUAUAACUUCCUACAAAUGUAAGAUCACCAGCAUUGGUGAUGAAAGCAACUCAGCCUACAUACAGACUGUUUCACAGUGCUUGCACAGUAUUCACAGAUACAAGAGUCAUUGGAGCAUGCAUACACAUGAAAUAUACCAAGAGUAAAACAUUGUGAAGUGAUGGCAGUUAUGGUGUUGGUCUGCUCCAAGGAGGCCAGAUAGCAUUGGAAACAUAAAGCUUAGCUGUAUUUUGGUUUUUGAGAUGAUUGGCAAUUGUGGUUUUUCUUCUGCAAAGUCAGUGUUGAACAAUAGUAACAAGCAUUACAGAGGACAUCUUGGAAGUCUGUUAUAUGCGGUUCAAACUUCAGUUUUAGUCUGCUGUACUGUUAGAGGCUGCAAAGAUUGUAAGAGCCUAAAUGGAGCAUGCUAGCUUUCUGUGGUAGCACGUAGCCCUUUCUGUUACGUAAGAGAAAGACGCACAGUGGUGAAGUGCACUUACACUGGAGAACCAAUAGAAGCCCAAUAAUAUUUUCUCAUUUAAAACAAAAAGCACAUCAGGCUCAGCAUUCAGAAAUACAUACCAUAUCAAAUGCACUUUUUUGCAUUUUUACUUGGUUCACCUUUCCAAUAGAUGUGUUCCUGAAUAUGAUUAACUUUGCAAUUUUCUGCUGUUAAAGCCCACUUUCUCAGCUUAAGAAUUGUUCCUUUAGUUCACUGUCUUUUCAAGCACACUAGUGGUUCUGUCAGUGCUCUAAAUGUGUUAAAAUUUCAGAGAUACACCAAAUUCACUGUAUUGCUUUGCUUCUAAAGACAAUAAUUCACGCCAGUAGCCUUUUACAGUCAUGCAUAAGAAAGCACAGCACAUUUUUGUCAACCAGCAAAUCUCAAGAAAACAUUGCAAAAUAGGACAUUUGGCUGAUUUCUUUUUCGCAAUAUAUCUAUAUGUCACCUGUGCAAUAUUUGAGUGGAAUUCAAGCACAGGUAAAUAUUUUCCAUAGAAAAUAACCAAGUGGGACUGAAUAAUGGCCCUUGAAUAAAUAUAAAUGGGAGAUGGUGAAGCCCAAUGUCUGGGGCAUCUGGCAUGGUAUGAUCUAGUGGCCAUUGUAUUUCUCAGAUCAUCACAAUAAAACACGAAAAGUGGUGGGGAUUUCAAGAACUUCAAUAUAGGUGUACAUGGUAUCUUGAAGGAAAUUACAUCUGGCUCGGGUGUUCUUGACAGCAUUGUCUAUUGGCAGGACAGUUUUACUUUCCAUGUUAUGAACUAUUACAAGCUACCCUUCUAAGAUGCCUUGAAAGGCAUCCUAUGGUGCUUUCUUGGUAGGCUAAAAUAAUUUGAGUAUGCUUGCUUGGGCACUGAGUUUCCUUAAGGCCAAAAGUGUUAGGUCCCAGUUUUGUGUGCAACUUUCCAUACUGCUAUCUCGUUCACCUAGUCGGACCAUACAGAACCUCUAGUGAAAUAUAGUGCAAAAUUUCAUGUUUAACUGUGCAGGUAGCAUUCUCCUACAGCUGCCAUUAAUGCACUUGUAGCUCUUAGCGCAAGUCUGUAGAUGUGCUGCUGUUCUCGAUGCUAUUACAGUCCAGAAUGAAGAUGCAUAAAAUAUGGAUUGCUUAAAUUUGUUUUCGAUCUUGCAAUUUGCUCUCACGACAGAUGUGAGGCUGCUUAAAGAGCACUGUUGUCCCUGUGUACCCUAUGUCUUAUCUUGUAACUUGUGUUUAUUGCUCAUAAAUAGUACUGCCUACAUAAUAACAUGUGUUGCUUGAAGAGUACUGCACUUGUUAACUGGUGUUGACUUCUGCUGCUUAGGUCACAUAUUUUGUUUGUAGAGGUGUAUAUGCACCAGAGUGAGCACAUCAUUUUAACAAAAAGCGUAUCUAAUGCUUGUAGUUUUGGUCUGACAGGAUAUGUAGACACAUUGGCCAAGGUCUCUCAAGCAUAUUUGUAAGGGGUAUUAUCUAGUCAGUAUUUAUUAUUUGCCUGUCUGGCUUCUACAUCUAACUGCAGCAUUUGUCAUCACAGGAACAUACUGCAUACCAUGCACAUGUCGCAUUCUGCACCAUUGUGUGAAGGGAGGCAUGUUUGAGGGACAUGCAUUAUCUAUGUCUAUGAUCCAGCUGUCCAACUCCAAGCUCCAUCUCCUGCUUGGAGCUUGUAAUUUAUGUCUGUAAGGCUCUUAAUGCAGAGACAGCUGCAAAAGCAUCUGCCAUUUUUAGCUUUGCAUUCUAAUGCAUAAUAAUAAAUGGGGGCUGUGUGUUCCUUCUCCUUUUGAAGUAGGGUGGCUCAAUGCAAGAUUUGUAAGCAGUGUGCAUGUGCUGCUGUUGCAGUCAUUCACAUUGCUAUUCAGAAGUGUUAGCCAAUUAUAAGGAAGAGCUCAUUCAGCACAGCCGAUAAACUGUCUGUAGUUUUGCAUCUCUGUCUGCAUUGAGUGCCUGCAGAAGUUGCAUGUACAAGUGUGGAACCUUCCUAGAAGGUCCGCUUCCUUUACUCCUCUCGGAGAACAAGACUUUUGCUGUUGGCUGUUUGAUGUCUGCUGUGCCGAGGCUUAGCCUCCUAAAAGAAGUUUUUGUCACCUAGUGACGCCUUGAUGUGAUUUAUGUGCUUGGAGUGGCUUUUCCGUGUUUUUGUCCUGAUGGGUGAGCUAUAGCUUGCAGGCCACCAUGAUAGUCAUGUAUUGGUGUGUUAGUGCAUUGUAUAGACCUAGAGUUGAGUGUUUCAAGGGCAUUCUGUAGCAAGAAAUGUGUUCUGAACUGUGCGUGGGCACGAGCAUGGGUGUUAUGAUUGGGUCAAGAGUGCCAUGAACGCUGAUGUAUUUUGUCAACAUACGUUAUAAACCUUUUAUAUCUUUUGUUGAAUCUCGUUAGCUUUAUGGGUGUGUUCAUUGAGUGAAGGUCUGUGCUUAUUGUCAAAGCUAAUUUUGUUCACAUAGAACAAAUAUUAAGGCUAGGUGCAUCAAAUGUUCUCAGAAAGCUGUAGUAAAAAUGACACUUAUUUUUAUUUUCCAGGUAUUGCUGUUUCUUGUGUGAUCAGUCGAGUCAACUUUUUUAAUAACUGUUUUUUAACUAAAAACUGAGUACACAGUGUCCUCUCACCAUUACUGAUUUGUCUAAGCAUGUUAUAGUGGCAGAAGUAGCUUUAUAAACAUUCUUAAAAAAACAGCUCUACUGAGGUCUAUCAGUUACUUUCCGCAGCCUUAUACAGUUGAUGAGAACUGCACAUGCAUGGUAAACGUGAAUGGUGUUAAACAUUUGAAUUUACACACACAAACAAGCAGAGCAGCCUUUAGCACAUAAGAAAAAAUGAUUUAAGAUGUACAAAAAAUCAUUAGACAAAUCUUGUGAGGUGUGGGCUGGCCGAAUGCUGCAAAAUUCAAACCCUUCAUCAACUUGAGAAGGGUAUCGCUAGAGAUAAUUAUCCCGAAAAACUGUCGUGUCGAUUCCAUGAUUCAAUGCAGCAUUUCACAUUCCAAAGCUUUCUCCGAUUGGCUAUUCGACACAUGUGAGACAAGCUGCAACACUUAUAUAAAGUAAAACAUUUGCAUCAAUAUCCUCAAGUAUAAACCAGGGACACAAGGAAUAGCUUGCUCAUGCUUUGAUGUGAAGGAAGUUGAUAUCAUACAUAUAUAUAUAUUGGUGAGAAGCAGUUUUCGUGAAUAUGCUUGAAUCGGUACGUAAAUUUAUGCAAAAACUGCUUAAAGCAAAACAGAAAAUUACAUCCCUGGAAUAAAAUAACUUUAUCAUAAUGAAAUUCAGUGCUCACAAAAUUGCGAAUAUCUAUGUCUUCACCGCUGUCAUGCAUGAAAGCACUCAUGGAAUGUGCUUUUGGUCAUGAGAGUGCCAAAAUUUUUUCACCAUGUCUAUGCAGCAUCAUAAUUUCAGACACUGCCGUUUACAGGUACUUGUGCAGUAAGACCUGAAGUACUUACUUCUGCAGUCCAGAAUUAAUGAAUUUGCAAUGUAGAAUUGUUUUCCUUAACAUUUUUGUGACUUAUAUGUCUGAACAUAUGAUGCACCUCACCCUCUAGUUGUGGCUUCGAAAUUUUGUGAGUUUGCGAUACAGUAAAUUGGACAUUGGUAUAAGCUGCAGUGAAACUUACUUUGUAAGCACAGUAUUGUUAAAAAAAUGGUGUAUAUGAUUGGUUUAGCUUGCAAGGUUUAUUUAUUUUAAUGUCGCCCAAACUGUAUUGUUAUUACUGUUGAAUAUUUAGUUGUUUUGUUUUCUUAGGUUUCAACUUAAAUUAUCACAGCAAUAAUAUCACUGGCACUAAGCCUUUGAUGGAGAAAUGAGUUAAAAGGAGAAGUUUUCUCUGCCUAGAGGUAGCUUGCACAAGACCCGUAAAAAAAGGAAAAAAUAUAUUGAGCUGGAAAGUAUAGUGUGGCAGCUGGAGAAAAAAGAAAAGAUUUAGGGAACUUAUGGCAGAAGGCAGUAGGCCAGUGGAUACGUUUCUGGAGCAUGUUAAAAAAAAUAUGCACAUUUUACACAGUUGCUUUAGAGCCACACUAUUUUUAAUAAAGCCAUAUGCCUUUUUGACCUGCUGUCAAAGUUCAGAACUCUCACAAGUCAACGAGCAUAGUCAGAGAGAAUUUCAAGCAGCUUGGCUUGCACAAUGCUUGCUCUUUUUGGUAACUGCAUUUCUGUGCAAGUUUGAUUGACAUGGGGACUAUAACAUUGUUUUAAGCACAUGCUGUUUUUGUUGCUGUGUGUUCUAUGAUGUAUAAAGGUGGCAGUGAAUCUGCUAACUAAAGGUCAUACAAGCAUGCACGGUUUGACACUGAGCAUCUGAUGCACACUGUAAAUGUUCGUAGUGCAGUCUCGCUUGCUCAGGUGCAUUUGCUUUGCCCAUAUCAUUAUGUUGAGCCUGUUUGUAUGUCCUGAUUUUCACUUUUAAAGUGGAGUCCUAUAGCUUUAUGCACACUUGAACAGUUAUUCAAACACACUGAAAAGUUAAAAUGUAUCCUUAAAAGGUUUGACGUGUGCAUGAUGACACAACCCACCAAGUCAAUAAAUGUCAGUAGCACUGCAGUAUAACCCUGCUUCAUAAAUUUCACUGUUUUUAAGCAGUAGUCAACUUUUGGUAGAGCUAUUGGCUAAUUAUAAGGGACAUUUCAGCUAUCUGAUUUGUUGCUUUCUUUUCCUAUAUGUACUAGAUUAGCUUUUUCUUUUUGAGAUUGUUGUGAUCCCAGCAUUAAUGCGUGUGUAACAAAAGAAUGUGUCACUCAACGCUGGCAUAUGCCUGCCAUGGCUGCAUCACCAACUGCUAGCUUGCGAGCCUUCUGAACACCAUUGUAAUUGCUUGUGGAAGCCAUAUUGAUCAUGUAAGUGCAGCUAAUACUGGUGUGUUAAUGUUAAAUAUGUAAAUCCUGAUGCAGAAUGUCUUCAGCUAUUGGCAUACUGCAAUAAACACAAGAAAUUAGCCACUCAUGGUCUGUUUUUACCUUAAAGAGUUACAUGCUUGUUGUGCUAAGUGCUUAGGUCAUACAGUGCAUGUUAAUUUCAGUGAAUAUGUUUUUAUUGCAAAGCUCAGUUCUUCAAAACACGAUAGAGGAAGAGAAUUUACUUACAGAAGGUGAAGGGCAGAUAGGGCUGCCUGUGCUAUCCUGCUCUAGCCUGCUACUCUGCACUAGUGAAGGACACGGCAGGAACGAAAAGAGUGAUGACAGAAAAGCUCUUCAAAAAGUCUUGCUUUUGUUUGUUAGUUCUACAAGUCCCAGCAAGUACACUGCACUCAUGCUACGCAUAAACACUGGGUUCUGUGAAAAUGCUUCUUUCUCUUCUCUUUCGAAAAUGAUGCAAAUAAAUUGCUUCCUCCAUAUUUCCUUUCUUCCUUCUUUUCCUGCUCCCCACCAACAAACCCCAGGUGGUGGCACAGUCGGAGCCAAUGAUCAGAUGUCAAGUGUGGACGACUUUCUCAGCAAGUACAACUCGUACCUCCAGCAGCUGCAGUCGCCAUCUUCGGCUGAGGGCUCGGCGCUCCUGGCGGCAGCUCGGGCCGACAACACGUGCCCUAUCUGCCUCAAGACGUACUCAACCAAGCACAGCAUGCGGCGCCACAUGCUGAUGCACAAGCCCUUCAAUCGCCGAUUUCAGUGUGAUGUUUGUGGCAAGCUUUUCAACUGGCCAGGCAACUUGAAAACGCACUUGCAGACCAUUCACAACAUGCGCGUGGUGGACUUCAAGUACCGCAAGUAUCGCUUCCCUCUUCCUUCUGACAUGAACAGCAAGUCGUAAGUUGGCUGAAUGCCCGACAGUGCUGUGGGCGUGUCAGGAGUUCACGCAUGUGGAAUGUAUCGCUUGUAGCGUUAUGAAGAGGGUGUGGGCUGUGGAAAAGGAUUGUAGCCUCGUAGACUUAGCUACAGUGUAAAAUUUGAAGUUGGAAAAGUGCAUGUGGUAUUGACGGUGCAACAGUGCUACACGUUGAUGAGUCUGAAGUAGUUUGUAAGAUGGGAGACUUGAGUCAAAGGAGAGGGAGGGAGGGAAAAGCCUCAGUGCUGCCCUGCAUUUCGACAAAAUGGGGACUCAUCUUUGUCAAGGCAUCAGACUUGACUGGACAUCUGCGCAAUUGCACUUCCUUCUCUCUUGUUCUCCAUAAGUUCAGUGAUAAGGAACUUGAAGAGCUGAGAUUUCCCAAGAAUGGGCAGCAAGCACAGCAGAAACUAAGCUUGUGAUGAGAAAUGUAGGCAUAUAUUUGGUCUCUCUCCGUAGGUAUGACUUCGGCUUCAUGCGAAUAGAGGAAGUGUGGAAAUGUAAUUUCGGUUGCCAAGCUUGGUUUGCGGUGAUUAUUGCAAUUUUCUGUUUGCUCCUUAAUGUCGGGCACACUUUCUCUCAGUUUUUUACUUUUAAGUGAUGUGCACAGCUGUUGAGCCCUCUGUCAAAAAUUUUUUUUACAACAUUGCGAUAUACUGAUGGCAGUAUUAUAGUGUUUUUUUAGUGUCAAAGGUAAUAUUUAUAAUCACUAGCUGUCGAGAUUGGCACUUAUUUCUUUACAGGUGGAGUGCAAACAGUCCAGCACAGAAAUUUCACAUAUGAGGGGUCCAUUCUUUAGAUAUGCAGCUCAUAAGGGGGCAUAGAAUCAACUGAAAGGCCUAACUCCCAACUGCCGGCAAUUUUGUCUUAUUGGCCACCACAGACCACAGCCUUUACACCUUUGGACACCACAAAGAAAGCUUCACUAGACAUGGCCUCCCAACCGCAGCCAGUUUUGUCCCGCUGGCACUGUAGAAUGUAGGCCAUUCAUGAAAGUCCUGAAAUUUAUGUCCUACUGAAAAUUCAGCAUUUCUUCACAAUGUGUGAUAUACAGUGAAUAAAAUGAAGCAUCAAGCCCAUUCUAGUACAUAAACACAGGCAUUGCAAGUAUACUCAAGUAACUGUUUAAUUAGAACAUCGUGGAAAUCAAAAUUUUUGCAGCCAUAUAGCUCUUUUAUCAUUUGAAGACUUGCAUUUUCAGUUCUACAUGAGUGGUGGAAGAACCCCUUACAGCAAUUAUAAAUGAAAAAAAGAAUUGCUUCACCUUACAUUAAUUUUGAUGUUAAUUUAUACAAAGGAACAUGCAUAUUAAUUGGAAAAAUUGGUAUAAGGUGAAAGUAAACUUGUCAUAGGAAAUCUGGCAUUGAAAAAUUGUCAACAGCUAUGUGCAUUAAUUCUAGGGCGCCACGUGUUACUUGCUUUUGAUUGAUUGACAGCUUGCUUUAUGAGGCCUGGAGGACGGCGUAGAAGAGGAGGUUCCAAAUAUGUGCUUCUACGUCUGUGGCUUAGACUUAGUCUGAAAUAAAGCAGAAGACAGCACAUUCUUUGAAAUGGGCUUGAGGCAGUGAUGUUCUGAAUGAGCAUAACAGAAUGCUUGGUUGCAAUUUUUAUUAAGCCCUGAAUCAUGUUCUGAAGAGAGCUCAUGUCACGAUGUUGUAAUAUGUACAGACAGAGCUAGUUGUGUGCUUGGAAAGGCUGAACAAAAAAAAUGCUUUUUCUCGAGUGGUGCAUGCUGCAUUGGGCUGUAUUUUUUUUGUUUGUUUUGUCCAAAUAGUAUUAUGUGCACACAACAACUGUUUUUUUAUUCCUUUUCAUGGCCAAUGGAUACAGGGUGUCUUCCUAGCCUUUCCUCUGUUGAUCGUUAUGUGGCUUUUUUGCCUUCGCUUAGUUGUGUGUUGUUGCAGUGCUAUUUAGCGUUCAAACGAAUGUAGUGUGCUUCACAGUAGCCUGCAAGUUUAUCAAGUUUUAUGAAUUAUUGCAUUUUUUAGGGCUACAUUUUUUAGUUACGCCUAUCUUUAAUUUUUAUUUCAUGCAGUGGUAUCUCUUUUCAAGGCUCCCGUGAUUUUCUGCCUGCACUUACAUGUAGGGUGGUGCACUUUUUUUUUUUUUUUCAUGCGGUAUCAGGGUACAUUUGUAUACUGAAAAAUUUAUGUUCUCUAGAACUUUUUUUUUUAGUGCUGAUGUAAUGUUCACAUGCCUGCGUUCCUAUGUAUGUGUUCACCUUUGCUUCUGGGCAAGGUAGGAGAGGUCUAGUAUAGGAAAACAAUAUAAUUAUUUUCGUAUUUUACAUUGAAGUUGUAGUUUUAACUUAUUUCAGGGACACAGGGUGUUUUAUUAAUUAUUAUUAUUAUUAUAUUAUCAUCAUUAUUAUUAAUAUUAUUAUUGUAGUUGUAUCACUAUAUGUCCCCUUCAGUUGCUAAGUCUACAACUGUAGACGUCAAAAUAAUGCCUGGGAAUCACAAGCACUAAUAAAAAAUGACAGCAUUUAAGACAAGCUGGAUACAUCUUAGGGCACUUCUUGUCCAACCUAUGCCACAAAAUCAUUUAACGUGCACUUAACGUGCUCAUGGUGAAGCUGUGUCAGGCCGAGUGGCCUUUAGCUUCACCUCGAGUUUCUGUAUCUGGUCAUGCCAUGGGUUCUCUUCAGUAAUUUUUAUGGUAACAGAUUAUAUCAGGCAAAUUUCUUAAAUGAAUGGGUGUUUUCCAAGAAAGCUGAACAUGACUAUUUUGCUGCCAUGUAAAUGUUUUCAGACUUCAAGCGUGGAGUCCACAUUUGUGGGCACGAUGAAACCUUUUAAGUAAAUCCAGAUGUUUAGCCUGUUCUGGUGAUGCAUUCUCUUCAUAAUGCUGGAAAUGCAAGAAAUGCGUUGGAACUAAAUUUCCAGCUGACAAAAUUUACUGGCAACUGAAGGGGAUGUUUUAGCUUCUUUUCUUUUGGAGUUGGUGUUUCUGUGUGGGUCCUUGUUCAUGUGCUUGUCAGCUGUGACUUCAUUGUCUUUCCUUAGCCCACUAUUUAAUCAAUUGAUAGGAAGGAGCUUCCGGCACGUUUAUCUUGCUUUGCUUGAAAGGUCACUACACAUGAGUUUGUUCAUUUCACAGGCAACUCUUGAAGGGCACAUGGCACAUUUUGGCAGAUUUUACUGCAUCUACAAAAAUAGCAAGGCUCAAUGUGUUAGAGCUCGUAUCAAAGUGCUGUUCUCUGUAUCUAAUUGUCAUGUAGUGCUUCGUUGAGUUCGCUGCUUUAGGUAUUCUCCCUUCACUGUUAUCUCACAUUGGACUAAUUGCUCUCUUUCUGGUUAUUACAUCCUCUAGGCACAGAUUGCAUUGGAAAUGUAUCUCUUUUUUUUUUUUGAAAGACCUCAUUUUGUAUCUGUUUAGAGCUCCUGAUUUUCAUCUUACAGAUAUCCUUUGAUGAUCUUCUUGUAUUAUUUUUCUUGCACUUGUCCUUCUUUUAGUUUUUACAAUGAUGGAGUGUGCACAAGUUGAGCUAGAUAGAUAACAUCGUCCAGAAUGUCAUAUGAUCUUGCACUGCAGUUGCUCGGCGUGUUAUGCUAGAAACAAAAAUACUCUUUUCUCCGUCUGAGAGGUCAGUCUAACAAAGCAACAGCAGAGAAGCAACAAACCAAAAUAAAUUCUGAUAUCAGGAUAAAUCUUUAGAAAGCCACUUAAGUGCAUUACAAUGGAGACUUUGCUGUAGUUUGCAUGUAACAUAGUUUCCUCUAAAGCUGUUAAAGCACAUUUUGUGCCAAAAGCUCCCAAAUAGGUGCCUGUGAGACACUUUGUGCUUCCUGUCAUGGCUUUCACCUGCAGAUUCACACAAAUGUAGCGUUUUGUCAUGUUUUUCAGACAAUACUGCACCUGGUCUAUGCAACUGGACACAAUUAUUUUUUAUGUACCGCAAUCGCUGCUACAUUUAGGACUGGUUCAAUGCGGAUGGUAUGUGCAUUAGGAAGGACAAUGCACUGCCUUAAACUUGGCAUAAUCAAGGGCCAGUAUUUAUUAUGGUGUGCAAGCACCAUUGAUGCAGUGAGCUCUGGUUCAAUGCUCUUCAUUGAGAUUCUGCAGAAUUUCAUUGGGCUGAUUGACCACCAGUGUCACAAGCUAGAAUUGUGCUUCCCAUAUUAUGAAUCAAUGAGAAUUGAGAAUGACUACAACAUGCCAACAAAAAGUAUGCAUUUUAUUCUGCAAGCAGCGGUUGUUUAGACCUGCCAUGUCACUCUUUGUGUAGCAUUCCAGUAAGUGUCUGCGUCUUGUCACUGUAAAAAAGUUGACAUAGUAGCUUUUAGUGAAAAAUACUCUAUUUCAUGAUAAUGGCUUGCCUUCUAUUCCCGUUUUGAAGCGGAAACUGUUGACUAACUUUAUUGCCUGUAUUGUCCACUAAGUAGGAAAAAGAAGUGGAGGAAGGAAAUUAACCGUGUGUGAUGUUCACUGUUUUUAUGGUUUAAGCAGUACUGUCUUGUGUGCAGUAUCAGUUUUUUUAUUUUUUUUAUUAACAACCUAAAGUGUGCAUUUACUGGCUCCUUUUGGCCAAAUAUCCAAGAUCUGUUGCUUAAUUUAAAAUUAGUUCCUGGUUAAUGUAUAGUAGUGAACCCAAACAAGUAAGGCCUGCAGUGCCUGGUUGGUGCUUGUAAUUUCUAGUUUCUGCUGAUUGCUACCAGUGGAAAUUCUCAAGACAAGUGUCAGACUGGGACCGAAUGGUCACCACAAGUUCGCAACCUUGUCCCCCCCAUUUAAAGGGAAACAUGUGUCUGCUACACAAAACUGUCCAGUCAUCCACAAUGAGAGUGUCACAUUGUUUUUAACAUUGUUUACCUUUGGUGUGUGCAAGUAUGCUUGAAGUAUUCUUGAAGUUACUUGCAUAGUUGUCUUUACUCAUACAGUUUAUUGUCUAAGGGAACAUUCAAAAUGUCUAUGCUGAUGAGAAUUACAUGUAUGUUUCUCAUUGCUCUCUUUAUUGCAUUUAUGUACCUUCUUGCGAAUUGUUACGUAGCUGUGACGUGCAUGUGUCCCUUUCAAACUGGUUUAAUAUAUCAGGAGUUAAAGGUGAAAAGUUCUUUCAUUUUUUUUUUCAUCUAAUAGUUUCAGAAGAACUAUGUCUCCUGCAAUUUAGGCGAUCAGUAAAGAUGAAUUUUUCAUGGUGCGUAAAAUUGCAACCAAUAAACCGAUUUUACCACAAGGUUCAUAACACUACCACCGUUGCAAAGGAUUUUGGUAAUAGUACCUCUAGUAGACUGAAGUGCAACGGUGGUAAGAAAGCACAGUUCUUUUUCUUUUUUUUUAGCCAUAACAAAUUGUCUUAGCUCUUAAGAUGAAAAAGUCCAGGAACGGAGAUAAAAAAAUUACUCAAUAGGAACAACUUGGAGACGCACCCCUCGACUUCCCCCAAUAAUUCCUUUCAAGGUUGCCUUGAAUCCAAGUAUGACGGGAAAGUGGGGAGGGUUACUGGCAUCAUGCUACAGCAGGGCUGGCACACAUGCACAUUUAAAAUAAGUUUGCACCAAAAGUAACAAGUCGUAUUCGAAACGAGCCACAUGUGCCUAAGGGUAGCAUUGCAACUCUUCAUGAAGAAAUUAAAACCAGCAAGCUCGGUGCAUGCUUCCAACAUUCUCUAGUGUUCUUUUACUUAAGUUUCUUUUACCCUGUUAUUUGCUUGACUGGCGAGGCAAACUUUGCAGUAGUUGGUGUAUAGGACAGGCUUUUUUGAGAGCCCAGUUUGCCAGGGUAGUACUAGUUACUGGAAAGAUUAGCUUCGUGGCACCUGUUGAAAUUGGUUUGUAGGGCUCCGACAGUUUCAUGCUUUGUCAUUGGAUGAACAGUGGCCCCUUUGUAAAGUUGCAUGCAUUGGAUGAACAGUGGCCCCUUUGUAAAGUUGCAUACAAACUGUUUACCCAAUAAAUACAACGAGAUAGCCAGUGCAAACUUGGAAGAAUGUAUGUUACGGCUGAGUGGGAUGGCUAGUGCUUUUGUUCUUGGAGCAAACAUGUAACAUUUGCACAUCUGCAGCAUUUACACUUUGGCUUUUGCUUCAAGCGUGGGCUUCUUGACAAUGUGACAAUAUUCUGGAUGUGUGGGACAACUAGCUUGCAAAUUUUGCAAACUUUCAAAACAGCCACUUGUUGGUCUGUGAUGUCUUCCUUGUAUAUUUAACAAGAUCCAUGCUGGUACCAUGCUGUUCUCACAGGGCUCUCAUAUGGCCUACUUUGCAACACUUUCAUGAGAACUGCAGUACUCAAACUAUGCACUGGCAUUUGUUACCAUUGUCACCUCUGCUGCAUCUAGUGCAAGUGAAUUCCUCCUUAUGCAUAUUCUGGCCAUUAGUUAUAAGCUUAUCUUAAGGUAAGGACAAUAUUAUGCAUGAUGUUGCAAGAUUGACAUAUAUCAUUGUAACAUUACAUGUGCGGUAAGGUCAUGACGCAUUUAUUUAUCAAAUCAGUUUCUUGGAAAUUUGUGAGCAGGAUUCAAGAAAGGGAAAGUUGACAUCUACUGGUAAAUGCCACCAAGUUACAGAGGAAGCCCAAAUACAUUCCUGAGAAAGCGACAAGAAUUUGGCAUCUGUGUGAAAAUAGCACAGAGCUAUAAAGGAAGGCCGUACUUGUUCCUCAGAAAAAAAGUGAAGCUUCUGUUUUGAACAACCCAUGUGAGUUAUCGAACUUCAUGCCACAUUCAUGUGGAUGCCAUCAUUUCCUUUCAAAUAUUUAUGUGUGCUACUGGCCAUUUCUUAUAUUAUCUGCAUCACGGCAUUUCUUUUCAUUCUGCUGAGAUAUUGUGAUCUUAUUCUGUAGUGAAAGAGCAGUGAACCUUUCCUUGAUUAUCGUUUCUUGUCUUUGUUUUUAUAGUCUAUUUCAGUUGGUGGAAAAAAAAUAUGAUCAAAUGGCUUGACAUUGUAUAGGAGUCAUAGAAGCCAAGCUGACCUUCUCAGGCUUUAAGGGUCGUCACGAAUGGCUAUUAAAAACAAGCCUGAGGUGUUCUGAAAUGCAUGCAUCUCUGUCAUAUGCAGUUUUACAGACUUGUGAAGUGCGUUGUGUAGAAGUGUCUUGGUGUUGAACAUUGUGUGUCUUGUUGGGGAAGCCAACACCAGAACAAACGAAUGUGCAUUUCUGAUAAGUCUCUUGGGUUAUGGGUUGUGCUGGUGUACUGCUUUCUUUUUACUUCUGCAUUGGUAGAUUUCUGUCAGCGUAAGUGUUUCGUGAAAGCUGUUUUACAAGUGAAUCAAAUGCAAAAAAAUGAACAAAAGGAAAAUAAAAGAGCUUUAGCUAAGCACUUUUGUGUCCUCUUCGUCUCUUAGUGAAAUGGUUCACUUUAAUUUUGCUUUCUGCCUUAGUGCUUGAAAUCUCUUGGGACUGGCAACUGAUUACUACUAAUCUUGGUUGCAAAAUCAUUCCUGGUAUUCACAAAUAGGCAGUCUUGAAUGGGAGCUUAAAACUUGGCAUAUAGUAAGCAGUCUGGGUCAGCGUGCAUAGUGUCUGCUGGCAUAAUGGAAGCUUUAAGAGAUGCACUAAUGUCCAUCAUUGCAUUAAAUGCCUGCAGUACCACAAUGGUUCAAUAACAAUUUCUUUAGCGAAAAGCUUAAUUGUGCUCUCUUCCACUUGCAAGAACUAGAGAGAGAGAGCAAUAAAUAGCAAGAUGUGGUUUAUUCCAUUUUUUUUUACUCCAAAUGUCUUGUGUCGAAGAAUUUACCGCAUUUAUUUGUCACACUUUUUUAGAGCUCACAUUUACAUGGCAGAACACUUCUGCUGGCACCUGCAUCUAGACUAAGGAAUGCUCAUAAUUAUUAUGGAAUUAUAAUGGGCAUGUUUCAUUGCUUAAAAGCUGAGAUGAGCAAAGAAAAAGUCCGCUGCACCGCUCACUUAACGUGAGCCUAAGGCACAAGGUAAAUGGGAUGAGAAAGUCCUAAAGGAGUGAUACUGGCUUUGCUGAUAAUAGCAGUGUUUUCUAACACAUGAAUAACAUCGCAUUUGCACAGUCUGUAAGAAGUUUAAGGCCUUUUUUCAAGUGAUACGAUCUGCUAUCAUUCCUUCUAGUAGUACUCCUGCAGAAAACCUGUUGCUCUGAAGCUCUAGAAUGUGAGGAGCCCUGUUAAUUUUGUCAUUGAAGUUUUACAAGCAGAAAGUGCUGUGGGGGCCUUAGUGUGUAGUGCAACGACAGGACAGGUCCAACAGGACAGACUCCACAUUAUUCUUUAACUCUUGAGUCUGGGACAGGUGUAAAUGCAAAAUUCUAAGAUGCACUCAUUAUUCUUUACAUUUUCAGAGGAGGCCCACUAUUUUAUAGGAACUUCGGUAACAUUAAAGUGUUGUCUAAUUGUUGUAGCAUCUACAGAUAUUUAUGCUGUAUGCAUCAUUUUCUAUCUAGAUUUACAUUAGUAAGCAAAUUUUUUCAGUUUAUGGACAGUGUUUAUUGUUGGUGUUUGAAACUUGCUAUUGCGUAUGCCAUCAUAGCAUCAAAUAUGCCAGCUCAUGCCUUGGCUUACUGCCUCUUGCAUCUAGACAGUGAUGAUGCACUUUCAUGCUCUGCUGCAUGAAGUUUGGCUUCUGAGUUUGGUAUGCAUGGAGGCAGUAGAGGCUGAGAGACAAUUUGUUAUUUAGUGCCAUGUUUACAACAAAAACACUUGUCCAUUUUCUCAUGUAAUGUCCUGGUUAUGUACAUGUGGUUUACAAAUUUAUUGUUGGUUUCUGUACAUAGGAAGCUAACAGCUUAUCAAUUUUUACAUUAUUUGUGCCAGUUGAGAGUUGCUUCAAUGAGCUGAUAAACAAAAGCAUUUUUCACUUUGUACUUAAAUCGAGCAAGUGGGCUCCAUACACUACUUUUUUUUAGUGGGGUGGAAGGUGAUGCUGAUCCUUCGGUGUGUUUUGACAUUUUGCUGAUGCUUCUCACUUUUUUUUUACCAUGAACAAAAGAAAAUGAUGACAUUACUGUAGCACAGUUCACUGUGUGGAAAACACAUAGCUGUCACUAUUUAUUAUUAGGGAACCUAGUUUUUUGGUAAAACCUUGUUGUUUAUUUUUUUCAGUUCUCAUACUCCAGUUUUGUUUGAUAUGUAAUGUAGUUUGAUUGAAUGUAAUUCCUCCUAAAACACGAGGUCACAAGUUUAAUUCCUGGCCAUGGCGGUGGUGUUACAAUGGAGGUGGAUUGCGAAAAUACUCGAGUAUGGUGCUUUGGGUGCAAGUCAAAGAACCUCAGGUGGUUAAAAUUCAGAGCUGUUCACUACAGCAUCCCUCAUAACCUACUGGGCAGCUCUGGGAUGGUAACCCCAGCUAUUUAAUUUAUUUAGCCACUUCAAGAGCACUGGGAGUGUUUUCAUUACUGGGCUGGUGUAAGCCCUCUUGUACGAGGCAUGACAACUGGCCUGUUUGGCAGUGUGUGUUUGUGUUUUCUUACAACAUACCACAGUCGUUAGAGUUAAUUUUUGUGCCAUAACAGGAAAUUAUCAUUAGUAAACAGGGAACAAAGCUUAUUUAUAAAAAAUUGAAAUCUUGAAAUUAAUCUUGGAAAAAGGAUGUGAUGAUAUGAAAUAACAUUGCUUGGGAGGUCUAUCUUACUCAUUUAAGAGUAGUGCAUGUCAAAAUGAAAAUUCAGUGCACAUGUUUCUAGCACUUCUAAGGCUUAAUUAAUGGCUAUGUUGGUAUGGCAGUUCCUGCCUCGUUGGUUCAUUGAGUACCAAUAGCAUGAAUAAAGUCUAGCACAUAAAUAUAAAAUGCCGCAGGAUUAAGGCAUUUAAAUGGGAAAGGACUGUGCCUGUGCCAAGCUUUCAAUGGACAAAAGUGAGUCAGGUGCGGUUUGCAUUCUUGAGACUGCUUCAGUGCAGGUGUGAAGCACAUGGGGCUGUCAUUUUUUUUAGAUAUUGAGCUUUGUUCAGAGCUUGGAGAUGAUGAAACAUGAAAGACAGCAUAUUGAAAAUAACUUUAUCGGGCGUUUCCAAAUGCUGUCUGCAACUUCUCAGACAACCUUCGUGUGCUGAAAGAUGCUACCUAGAAGAUCUUUAGAGCUGUUUAAACUAAUUAACUUGUUAGGCUUAUUGUUACAAUAUCUACUUGGACUCUUGCAAUAUAACUGCCAGGCAUCUGCUGGUGUUGUUUGGUGUUUAAAAUUGUAAAAACUGGUGUUUAAAAAUGACAGUGUGUCAUUUUUAGAACCAUUUUAUGGCUCCUGAGACAAAUUCAUUCCACUCUUAAGGUCAACUUCAAAUUGCUGUAUCCUGGACACAACUCCCUUUGAACAUUCUGAUGAAACUAUGCUUCUACUGCACUUAAUUUGAGCGUUUCUUCAUUUCAUCUCCUAUUGGCGAUACGAAGAACUUACAUUGACUGUAUAUUUUUUCUUCCUUUUUGCUUGAGUCCUAUUAUUUGAUUGGCCUCUUUUGUAAACGGCCACAAUGGUACUGCCAUUUUUAAGUAAAUUUUUCUUUCUUGCGCCAGAGUAACGGUAUUGCAAAAGCUGAACCCAUUUUUACUUCACAUAAAUUCAUUCAAAAAUUGUAUUAUGUUCACUGAAAAUACCGCAACAUGUGUUUUCAUGACAGCCUUGUAGUUUUUCUAAUUUUAGUGAUUUUAGUCAUGCACUGUGCUUUGUUCUAUCAUUAACAUGUUAUGUGCUGUUAAGACUCACAAAACUUAAAGGGAAAAGUUAAAGGGAAAUGCAUAGGCUUUGAAGCAGCCCAUACAAACAACUGGUUUCUGAUAAGUUGCGAUACUUUGCUGCUCUGAAUGGUUGUGUUAGUGUACAAAGUGACCAGGAAAUGCAGUGGAAGUACACUAUGUAUGUAUGUAUGUCAGAUUUUAUGCAGGAACAAACCUGCCAUGGACUGCCAGAGAAGUGUGAAAUGUCUUUGCUGUAAUCAUGCCAAAUGAAAAGUACCAUAGUACAAGUCAUGAUUGCGAAAAUUAGUGCCCAUCUUUGUAUCAUGCCUAAUAUGUAGCUAUACCUUGCUGUUGCAUCUUGCUUUUUUUUUCUUUUUUUCUUAUAGCAUCUGUAGCGAUUAACAGAAAUUCAAGUUAUGCAGAGGAAGCAACUCAGUAGCUUGAUGUAUGCCAUUUCAUCAACUCUGUGCCAUGCAGCAAAAGUAUUCCCUGUCAGCCAUCCAGGAACGAGGAGAGAAAGGGCUUGCUUAUUGCACAAAGCUAAUUUAUUUGUAUGAAAAGCUAGAUGAAUGGUGAGAUCAUGGAAAAAUUAAGGGCACACUAUGGGUAAGCCACCCUUCUUUCCCUAGAACAUGCAGCCAUUUCUUGUUUCUGAUGCAAUCCAGUUUUUCGCUUUUCUGCAUGACGUUGGUGAGAUGGCGUGUAGAUAAUGAGCCAGUGAGAAUCAUUACUCAGAAUUUCAAACUGCGUCGGCACUGGUUCCUUGUAACUGUGAUCUUAAGCACAAUAAUGUUUGGAUUGAAUCAGGCUUCCGAGUGUGAUUCUCAGGUUUGGUGUUGUUCCACCUCUUUGGCUUUGGAAUACAUGUCAUGUAGCAUGGUCCAAACUUUUGAGACAGAUUUCACUUGUAACUCGAGCUGGAAGUGGCACUGGCCACUGUUUAGUGGGGGUAAUGAUUGCUACUGGUGCUGGUUAAGCGCCCAUCGAUGAGUUUUGCUCUUGAUUCAUGGUGCAUCCUGUUUGGUGCCAUAUAGGAGUGUUCUCUUUUCUUCCUUUUGUCAGAUGCUGCACUUGGGCGUGCCCAGGAAGUCUUGCGGCGGUGAUGUGUCACUGUCCAAGGAUGACAGAUCUGUCUCGCUCUGGUGUAGGAAAGUCAUGUCUUGGGGUGGUGUUCAGGGUUAGUGCAACAAGCACAGAAAGCUGUGGUGGGAACCUUUUAAUAGCUUUGACCAUGGAAGUAAGCCUAAGAGCCAGGUCACUGUUGUGCAUUGGGUUAAACAAAUCGCUUUAGCCUCGGCUUUUGUGCUUUUUAUAGUCUUCCACAGAACCUAACCCAUUUUGACCCUGCGAAGAUGGAUGCAUGAAAUGCUGCGGUGUUGUGCUGUUACAUUCUUUUAUGUGAUUUUCAGAAUAAAGCGGUAUGUAGGAGUCUCCAGUGUUUACUGGUUCCUUAAUGUGUGAGAUGCAGUACUGUAGCGGUUGCUAAUGGUAUCACAUGUCAAAACUAACUGUUGAUUUCGGGCACUCGCAGUCGGUUACUCUACCGAUUUGAGGCAGUCUUAAAGAUAUAGGUCCGGUAAAGUAUUCUUAUAGAUUCUUAUACAAUGUACAUAUUUAAAAAAAGAUUGGAGAAAAUGUUCCUAUGACCUAAUCUUAUUAAAGAUCAUGGCUCAACAGCCUUGUGAUUUAGUAGACAUUUUUUAAGUCUCUUUACGGGCUCUGGUAAAGUGUUGCCUGUUUUUCUAAUUUGUAACAAAUAAGCUUGAGAUCUGUGUUGCACUCCUGCUGUUGAAGACAUUAUGGCCAACAUAUGCACAUUUUGGAAACAUGUUGCUCUUUCUAGUUUUUUUUUUUUUUUCUUUUAGCAAGGUGCUUGAUGACUGAUGUGUUUAUUUUGUCAAUAUUAUUUUUUCCCCUACACUUUAGCUGUUUUGACGAUGAAAACUUGUUGCAAUCAAACUGUUGAUAAAAGCUUUGCUCCUCAUAUAAUGUUAAAUAUAUUAAGCAUUCUACACUGGGCAAUCAUAGACAGCAGCUAUAAGUUAGGAUUGUCUAGUUGUUAGCAGGUAAUACUGGAACAUAAUGAGCAUGCCAUGGUAGGUUAGUAUGCUGUAGCUUGAUGUUUUGUUAUGGUUUGUUAUUUGUGCUGGCUAUUAUGUUUCACUAUUUUACCAUUUUUCGGCUGUCAUUCUAGCAUAUGACACUGCAACACGUAGAAGAGGUGUGUAGGUGGCGCACUUAACCCUGUGGCUUUUAUGUUCUGGUUGUAACUUCAAAAAAAGUAUUUUUCUUCGUGACCAUGAGUGCGAAACUUGAUGCAUAAAUGGAACUUAUCUAAAUGUUGAAAAACAGAGUUGCUUAGUGAUUAAUUUAGUUUUACAUUUUGUUGACUGACCACAGUGACCAGAUUAAUGCAGGCCAACAAGCAGAUAGCUGUCUCAAAACAGGCCCAUGUAACUGACUCAGCUUGUUUCAGUAUAGCCCAAAACAAGAGGCGCACAACAUCCAAUAUGACUUGACUAAAUUAAAAACCACUUUAUACAUUGUGCUUUCAAAGGUGGGUGAAUUAAGAAAUGCUCUAGACACGAGUUAUAAUUAAUUACAAAACUACAUUGUGCUAAGAAAGGAUAAUGACUUCUUAACUGCAAUUAAUACUCAUUUCUCAUGAGAGUUGCAGCUAUAAAAAUGAUACGGUUUAGGCAACCCAGAAAUUUCUUGAACAUGCAGAAAGACUCAUAAAUGUGGAAAUUUGAAUUUCCUUUUUUUUUUCAAACUAAGGAAAAGCUGCAAACAGGCGCACUAAUUUAUAACUGACUGAAAAUACUAGUAGUAUCAAAAGUCGAUAAGCCUGGAUCCAUUUGUGGGUGAAACUGGUCACUAUAGAGCUGAUCGCUUGCUGCUUUCAGUAAAAGAGUGACUGGUAAGUUGGAAGCCAUGCAUAAGACAUGAAUGGAAAGUCAAAAUACAUGCCCAAGAUGAGAAUGCUGCCUUUACCUUUUCUUGUCCUUUCUCUCUUUUUUUUUUUCUAUUUCUGCUUAGGUCCCUGGCGAGUAGCCGCACCCAACAAACCGUUCAAGUGCAGCACCUGCUCAAAGCGUUUUUGCUCAACAGAGUCCCUGCGAGUGCAUCUGUAUUACAUGCACCGUGCCAUCAAGAUGCACGUAUGUCAGCGCUGUGGACGCUGCUACAAGAAGCGCUAUGACUUGAGAAAGCACUGGGAACGGAGCCCCCUUUGUGAUGAACUCAAUAUGGCUGCUGCAUCUAGCCUGUAAUGAUUUGGUUUGCUGGUGAAUCUCCCUUGUGUUGUCAAUUUUGCCCCAAUAUGGAAUAUUUUAAGGCAUGAGGUGACUUUUUCGUUGGUACUGCUGUGAGAAAAUGUUAAAAAGCAUACAGAAUGUUCUGCUUUUUUUUUACUUUCUUUUUAUUUAUUGUUGCUUCAAUAGUGUUUUAAUGCAGCUGGUUUACUGGUGGAUAACAAAGACUGCUUGUGAGAAAGUGCAGAUCAAGGAAUAUCACAGUUUUGCCUUGGAUACAAAGCAGUGACACAAUAGCUAUCAUGAUGUUUGGCAGUAAGACCCAAGUGUUUUGCAUGGUAUCAUUUACAGUAAACACUUGUGGCACAACAAACAAUUUGCACUUGACUGUUCAUUUAACAUUGGGCUUUGCGUGUGUCAACUAUGGAUGCAGAACUGUUGUGCCUGCUUUCUUUGUGUUAUCUUGCAAAAGCAGCAUUGUUGUUGGAAGUGUGUACAGUCUUUUUCCAGCUAUUUCUGCAGCAUGUGCAAGAAGGGGCUAAGGAAUUGUGGCAGUGACACAGUAUUUCGUCAUCUGCAUGUGUCUUAUCUAUUUUUGCUUAUGCAGGCCAAUUAAAACAGUUGUUUUCAGGACAAGAAAACUAGAUUUCAGAAAACGGGACAGGAAUUACGAGAUAGGGCUGACAGGUAGGCUACAUGCAAUGCCCAGCUUCAGACGAAGGGUAAUGCACUUAUUGUUUAUAUGUCACUGCGAAUGUUUACUGAAGCUCAUACUGCAGGUGAUACUGGGAGCAUUAUCACAUAAUAUUGUGCUAGCUAUGACUUCCAUAGUUUUGCUCAAGUACAAAUAAGCACAAUUAUAACCAUGCCAGCCAUUAUGAAUGCUCGGUUUUUAUGAAUAAAGACAUUGACUGUCUGAAUUGGAAUGCAGGCCCCGAUAAAAUAAAAAGAAUGUGUCGACCCAAUACUCUUACAACAAAUAUGGAAGCAUACUCACUUUCCCAGGAUAGUGGCAGAUGUCUCAGUACUGCACUAAUGUGGGUUCAACGCACAGCUGACUUACAUGGACAUUUCCUGGGACAAUUUUGUCCGGGCUGGCAGUGAUGUCAACAUUGUAGAAACUUACAGCGACGAGACUAUUCGAGUAAAACUGCGCAAUGCAACACGGAGAAAGCGGGACACAGAAAUGACUGACACAUCAUCGCAUUUUUUUUUUCGUACACAACAGUAGAUUGAAAGGUAUACAGGAAAGAGAAAAUAUUUUGUCACUGCUGCAAAUUCUCAAUUUUGCAUUUGCUGAAGAAAUAUUUGGACUAAAGAUGCCAUGGCAGCUUGAGCAAACAACAAUGGUUGUGCAAGACAGCAUGCUGAAGCAGACUAAGAAAUGACAAAUAACUUUUGGCAUCAUAACUGCAGUAAUUGGUGUAGCUGUGAAUGCAGCUGAAAAGUGCCGUUAGCAAUUAUUUCUGUGAAAGAAAUGUGCAGACAUAGUGCAUUAAUGUUGGCUGAAUUAAUAAUAAUGUCAUGUUGACAAACAGCCUUUGAAUGAAAGAAGGGUAACUAUUUCUGGCUUUUUGUACUACUGAUAAUUAAACAUUGCAGCUGGAACAGUAACAAAGUAGAGUUGAUGCAUUUCAAAAAAGUUGGUUACGGUAUAUAGUAUUUUUUGUAAGUCCAGUUACAGAAUUAAAGUUGACCAGUACUCAAAGAAUAAUCUUUUACUCGAAACUUCGUGCCUAGCACCAAUUUUGAGGAGUACAGACUCAAAAUGUAUAAAGAAAUGCAGUGUUAUUUCAGCGCACAUUUUUCUGUACCUUGUUUUUUCAUUGUGCGAACAUAUUUACUCACACAGCAAUGGAUUUUGGGGCAGAUUUUGAUAUCUUGAAACUAGUGCAGAGUACACAGCUUCCAGCAAAAGGGGAUGCCUUGAGCAGUGGCAGGCCUCAAUUCUGCAAUUAGAAGAAGUUAAUCAGCAGAACUAUAAUCGUAAUGAUUAUCAUGCAAAUUCUGAUCUGCUGCUGCAAAGAACCUUGGUCACUCAAUAUUGUCAUUUACUGUCAUAUUCACUAUUGUCAAUAAUGUGAGACAGUUGUUGCAGAAACGCAUGUUAUACGUAAAUAUGUUAGAUACUUCCGAAUGUGUUUUAACGGGAUAGCAUUAAGGGCCCCGUGUUGCAGAAAAUCCGGCGUUAGUGUCGGCGUGGGUGUUCGGCAUCCAUGGCAGAGAAAAUCAUCCCCAACCACCCUGACCGCGCAGGCCCUCUGCGUGGCACAAGGUGUUAGUGAAGGAGAAAAUCAUUCCGAACCACCCCGACUGCGCAGGCCCUCUGCGUGGCACAAGGUGUUAGUGAACAAAAAUUGAAUUUCUCACAGUGAAAUCCGUCAGAAAAAUGGUAAAGUACGACUUAACCACAACCUACGGACAUGGUGGCGUCGGAUUGUAAUUUGAAUGUACGAGAAAACAUAAUUCUGUUACGAGGAAACUCAACCACAAACCCCUUUUCCAGCAUUUCUACCAUACCAACAGCGGUGCGCUCGGGUAGAUUACUUGUGAAAAGCCUAUCCAGAUGGCGCUCGCAUCCUCGGCAGGUCAAAUUCAGACUUCGCCUGCCUAAUGCACUUUGGACACACGCGCGUCGAGGAAAUAGCAAACUGUUAAUAAAAUAAUAAAAAAGAGGUCCUAGGGCCUUCACAUUUUAAUAUAAGAUGACUUAUAUUGCCCCUGGAAAAAUGUCUUCCCAGCAAUGCAUUUCUGUUUAAAAGUGAAGCCGACUUUAAGGCGAUCGGUGUAAGCUUGGUCUUUGUAAGCUGGCUUUCCUAUGUUCUGUGUUGCAGUGAAGCCUACUUAUAAAGAAAAAUGCGAUGCAAAUGGGGCCUGAUAACGGCGUUCCACUCUUCAAGGCGAAGCUUAAGCGUCCUCCAAUUUUUACUUCUGGUUUUGUCUUGUAUGGGCUUUAGCGUGUUCAAAAACAUUAAACUCAAAUUGCAGCUUUCCUCCAUUACUUUCUGUUGCAUUUAGCAUUGCUAGAAAAAAUGUCGCUGUUUCGCUCGAAAGGCGAAGCAUCAAUUGCGAUAGCAAAUUAGUAGAGAGCUAUUCGGAGUAGGGAUAGUAGUUUUAUCGGCUGCAUAAACUUGGACACACUCACUUACUAACUGAAUUAACAAGCGUGGUGUCAGCGCGCACAAGCAAACAUGAAUAGAUCACACUGAAUGACCGCAGACGACUGUCAAAACGCUGGCAGCAAGCGCAGCUGCCACAGCGAGUGAAGGUUUGUGCGGUCUAUCGCUUCAACGGAAACCAAGUGGCGAAUGCACAGCACAUACAAAGGUCAGAGCCGUGUGGAGAUAAGAGACGGUACGGGCGACCGCCACAAGCGGGCAAAGUACAAGCCCAGUUGUUGGCAGAGUAGAAGCUGCCCCCUCCCUCUCUCCCUCCCGCGCUGCCUUCCCGCUUUCUUGCUUUCGCGUUGGAGAAUAAGUGGCGAGUUUCCCUUGCGCCCGGUUGCAAGAUACGCAUUUGGUGCCUCAGCACAGCGUCGCCCCGCAUCCCUCCCUCCCAUACCCCCAUGGCCUUUCGCACGACGAUCGCAUUAGCCUUCCGCCGUGCGUCGUUCGCUCUUCGUGGUAGCGCGCGUACCCUGCGCGCUUUCAGUCGUGCAUACGGCGCGCAGGGUACGCGCCCUUGGACUUUAUACGGAACCUGACGGCGAUGACAACGGCGACGCCGACGGCAGAAAUUUGGUUGAAGUGUCCAUAUAAUUGCUAUUGCAAUAAAAGGCAUUCUACAUUAUAGAUAAUAUACCAGGCGUUUCAGAGAAGUUCUCAAGAGAUUAAUAGUGCAGCACAGCAGGGGUAAAGGAACAAUUUUUUCAGCACCUAAUUCAUGGUGGCCAACAUCAGGAGCUGUGUAAUAAUCUUUAAGGGAUUAAGUAAGCUAAAGUGUACUAAGUAUCUUUUUAAACUGCAAAAUUGAAGCCAGCCAGUACACAGUGUGUAUUCAUUUGCUAGAAAUCAUGGUUAGAAUUAGCUCAUUCCUGUGAAAUACAUCCUUUUGAUGUGCGAUGAAAUGCACUGCUGUUACAGUUAAAAAGUUUUGCUAAUAUUGCUGAAGUCUUCUCCAAGACAUCUGGUGUGUGUAUGUUGAAGUGUAUUGCUGAUCAAGGUAGAAAACUGAAGUAUAUCUUUCAAAUGUGGCUCACUGGCUACUCUAUGGCUUAGCACAACAACCAGCAGGCAUACUACACCUAAGCCCAAUGUUGUAAGUUUGAUUUAUUUGAGAUUACGUGUUGGACAGAAUGAAAAUAAAUGCAUUUAUAUGCAUUGCAUUUAACUGAUUCACUAAAGCAUUGCUUUAUAUAGAUUUCACUAUGUGUGUUGGGUAUGUAUAUUUUUUCCUCUUUCUGUGAUGUUAAUGCAUUUGUUACACAUGCACACACAUACAUGGAGGCAAUGUACAAAGCACUUUCGUGUUCCACAUCUGUAGCAUGUUCAUUACAGCUGAGAUGUAUUACAUCCCAUAUUGGUUAUUUUGUGAUUGGUAAAUUGAGCAGGCACCUUGCAUUUCAUGGCAUUCAUCAAGCAGGUGUUUGGUUUCAUGCAUUUCUUAGGCAAAUGGUUGGUUUGAGAGCAAGUGGCGAUUGUGAUCUUGGAAAUAUAUGGAUGACAAAUUUGAUACUUGGCCAUAGUAAGCAUGCUUCUUUGUUGCUACAUAUAAUUUAACAGCCAAUAAUGUACAGCUGCUUAAGUCUGUGCCUAACACAUUUUUGUGCUUGGUUCCCACUUUAUCUUUAAUUACAUCUGUAAAGAUUCUCUUAAUUGUUAUCACAAUAUUUUAUUGCCGUGGAGAUCACGUCGUCAUAUAUUUGUGCAUUUGUGGCUGCUUCCAAACUGUUCAUAACCAUUUAUUCAAUUAUUUGUGAUGUGUGUUUUGUACAUAGGAGGUAUGCAGUGUGACAUGACUUGAUUGCUGGUAGUGUUGUACCAUUAUCUUGAUUGCAGGUAGUGUUGUACUAUUGUUAUUUUAAUGGGACCAAGCAGUAAAAAAGGCCACAUCACUAGUUGGCUAACCUUGAUGCACUGUGUCUUGUAGCAUAACAUCACCAUCAAAAGAUUGUGGAAUAUGCCCCCGUGAAAGUUUUUCUGGCAUCUUGCAUGUUUUUGCACAAACAAGUUUUUUUCUUUUAUAUGUAUCGAGACUCAGAAAACAUCUUUGCACGAUUGCUAUAACUUGGAAUUGUCAGGGUGGACUGCCCUCACAGUGAACAGGCAUUACGGCAGGAAUGGACACAGGUGCUUAGUGUUUAGUUUCUGCACUAUUCACUAAAGAAAUCUUAUUUUUUGCAUUUUUUACAAAGCAAAUCUUUGUGCACUUGGAUAUUUCUGUUCUGUAGGCUUUUUCAGACUGGCUAUCUUUCUAUCAGAUUGCCUGGAAAGGGACAUUUAAGAUUGUGUACUCUAGUUACAUGAAAUGUUGACCGCUGUUGUUUGCGUUACUCAAGCGAGUUCUUAUUAUUGAUGAUAUUUAUUAAGCAGGCUAACUGGCAGUUAACCUCUGUUGUGAUCUUGCCGAUAUUGCGGUAAAUAAUUUGUAAAGCCUUAUCUGAUGGCUUCUUUUGCAUGUACAAGGGAAUUUAAAGGUAAUUCAUUUUGUUUUACUGAUGCAUUCGCUUGUUGGAACUGUUGUAGAAAUUAGCAGCAGUGUGUGUUUUUACUCUAAUCAUUGUGUAGAUCGCGUUAACUUAUUUCAUCAAAAUAAAUACUGUUCCUUGCACAUUGUUAGUCUGAAAAAACUUUCUUCGCAUGAAGAAUCGGGACGAUACACAUCGUUACGAAUAAUUCCAGCAAGUUCUUUAGAGUAUGAAUAAGUUCUUUCUCUAGUCACUGAAUAUCUGGCGGCACUUUUAGUUUGAAACGUAAAAGCCAUGGUUUACACAGCAACUGUGUCUUACCACCAUCAUGCCCAUGAGGUGCAUAUGAUAUAAAGCUAUUUGUGUUGCCAUGUAUAUAGGUGUUUGUGAACAUGGCUGCCAUUGAUUCUCUUGGAGUGCUGCACUUUCUCAGUUACUUGCGUGCAAUAUGCUUUGUGACUUAACAUGGUCAGCUAAUUUCUAAAGCCAAAUAAUAUAACGUAUUAUUUUUCAUCACAGAUGUUUAAACAACAUACUUAAUUAUAUAUAUCUUUGUGUUUAAAAAUGCCUCUUUCUUUUUUUUGAGGGUCAUACACCAUGAUACCUAAAUUCUAUUGGUUAUAUAGAGGUGUUAAUUUGUAGACUUCAUGCUUGAGUUGUCUGGAGAGUCUGUAUGAGCCUGUGAAAAGUGAAGUGUACUCAAUUGCCUUUUGUUACUUAUGGCAUGCUCAUUAAAAGUUUUUCUUUUUUUGUAGCUUUGUUAAAGGAUAUGGAUUCUUCAAUGCCUGGGCCAUCUUUUUGUGUUGUUUCGUGUUGUUUUGUAUAGAGCCAUGCUUGCCAUAACUUCAGCUUUAUGGCAUCUGAAAACCAAUGCUUAACUAUUGAGGCUUUAAAACAUAUAUAAUAUUAACAAUGGACAGUGAGUAGAAUAGUGUUUCCAUUGUGUAGUGCCAGGUUGCAUGUGCUAACACUGUAUAGUACAGUGCGUUCAUGAAAUUGCAUGUGCUUGGCAACAUAGUUAGAAAUGAUCACCUUUUACAUCUUGAUAAUACCAUAGCUGUCUCUCUCUCUCUUUUUUUUUUUUUUUUUACUAAGUUGCAUUGCGUGUAAUGUUGCUGACCUUAUGGCAUCUCUUUUUAUUAUAUAGCACUAAAUGUGACAUGUAAUGUCUGCUUUAGAAGAGCACUGCUCUAACUUUGCAAAGCUUCUCGUGGUUACUUCUAAUUUGAGCCAUAUUUUUUGUUGUACCGCAUAGUAAGUCCUUGCUUUUUUAUGAUUACAAGCAGCUUGCUUUACUUUUUUUCACCUUGCUGGCUAAAUUACUUCUAUAAAUGUUUUCAGUCAGACUGCCAGAAUUUAAUUUACAUUUUUAAACAAAGUUAAGCUUAACGGUUCAUUUUAUGAAAGCAGCAAGCCUCUCUCUUUGUGAGCCAUGGUUAAUCUGCACCUGUGUGGAAAACUCAUUCCUGCUUUGACCGCAGUGUUCACAUGACUGCUUUUACAGCCGAUAUUGCGCACACCCUUUGUGUAUGAUUAGAGGUCCCUUGCUACAGAAUUGACACUGCUACUCAGCUUAUGUUUACUCUGCAGCUAUACUUUUAGAGCUUGAGAUUAGAGCGCUUUUUUCUUGACAUGGACUGCUAUAUGAAUUGCUUGAUUGUUUGUUAAUGUGCCACCGUGAUAUUAAAUGUCAUGGAAAAGCAGCUCCUUUCUUUUCUCUUCCCCUUCCCCGAUUUUGUUUCUUUUCCUGGCUGUGUGCUGAUGCAGGGGUGCAAGGGGACAGCAGCGGUGGUCUCGGACGCUGGCACUUCUCGUCGGUUCGGCUGUACAACCACUUUCGUGGGAGCGCUGAGGGCAACUACCGAUGCGAUCCUUGUGCCAAGUUCUUCAAGAAUGUCAGCUCCUGGCGUCAACACCAAUACUACCAGCACCGGUCGCACAGGCGGUUCCCUUGCGAGUACUGCGGCAAGUCGUUUACGACCAAAUGGUACCAGGGCCAGCACAUCCAGAAUGUCCACCGGUCUGAGAACAAAGGGACAGUGAGGGCCUCGAUUUCAAGUACAGAAUGGACAGACUUCGGUGCACAAAUGGGAGCAAGCUACACAUGGUGACAUUGCUGCAGCUUGCGAGUGACCUGCAGUUUGCACUUCUCAAUGCUGUCUGCCACAGCCCGUUGUGGCUGCUCAUGCUAUGCACUUGAAAAUGUCAACCCUUAUAGAAGGUUUACAUACUAUGCUGAGACUAAUGUGACCAUUAGAAAAUGAACAGUAGAAUGUUAAGUGAUUUACUAAGUGUUCUUCAGUUAAUGAAUAAGCAGCAGUACUGUUAAAGGUAGCGACUAUAAUAAUCACAUAGAGAGGCAUACUUUGGCUUUGUUGCACAAAGUUUACACAAACAUUGCAUCUUAAGUAGAGGUAUAAUUACAGGGGGGUGAGGGGGUUGAAAAACAACUGGCACCUCAUGUCUUCCUCACGUCAAAUGCAGUCAACUCUUCAUGCAAGCAUGAAUGUUACUGUCCCUCUUGCCCCUUCUCCGAGAAACACUUAGGGCCUCAUUCUCACAUCUGCUCCAUCCUGCCGCUGUCACGACACUAGUUCCCAUCAGGGGAGAGGACUGGCCUCUUGUUGAAAAUGGGUUUCACAUGCAUUGUAAACCAGUGCUCUACAUUUUGAUUGAUGUGAUUCCACCUGAUCGAGAAUUGGCCAAGCUUUAAACACUAGAAAUGUAAAAUGUUGAAUUGAGUGCCCCCUGUACUCCAAAGUUCCUGCAUGUGCAGGUUGCUAGGUUAUUGCUAAAGAAAUGUGUAUGAAUUUCUCGACUUGAAUGUAAAUUUUCACUUGAGUGCUAUUGCACAGUAGUCCAUUUGUGAUAUUUAAGUGACUUCUGAAAUCGGAAAUUUUUUUUGUUUUUUGUUUUAAAGAACGCGUAGGUAUGGUUUUGUUGGUCAGAGGCGUAAAAACGUAUGUAACUGGCACUGCUGUUACCAUCACUCAUUUGGACGCAGCUUUUUUGUGUCCAGUUUGUUUUAUCCCCACGGCAGUUAUGUGAGAGGCAAAUAAUGGCUUUGUGAAUGAGGCCUGUAACAUCCUCUCCAUGCCUUAUAAAGAACUUUUUAAAAACUUGGUGUCACAGAUGCCACUUGUGUAAAUUUUUUCUAUUGUGUCUUAAUUUAAUUUAGGCAGCUAUAUUUUUUAUCCUAGAAUAUCAUGUUAAUUGGAAUGCUUAGUACAAAAAUUUGAAAUUUAGUUUAUUGUAUCACAUAUUAUGGUUCGUUGUUUCAUUGCUAAAUAAAAUCACUACAGUCUUUGAGGAUACUAAAGAGCUUUUCCAUAGACAAAGGCACCGUAAUGUUAGUAACUCAUUUGUUUUUUCCUAGGAGUAUCCUAGGAGCACUGAGAAUAUAGGGAACUUUUGUAUGCUCAUGAAUUGCAUGUUAGUGACACACAAAAUUUUGUGUGUAGUGUGAGUGAGCUUUUAAGCUGCUGCAGUUCCGCCUUCUCAUACUAAUCAAUCGUUGUUUCUUGAUAGGGUAACUAGGAAGGUUAAAAGAAAAUGUUGCGAACUCCCCAAGAUGCUGCAUGAUGACCUGGAAGAGUUUUCUGGAGAUUGGUUGCUUGCCUUGUUUUCUGUAGGUUAGCUGGAGCUGUAAGCUUGUUUUUGUGCUUGUAGUUUCAGACCUAGUUCAGUUUCCUGUGUGUGCGAUGAAAGUAAGUCAAGAGGUGCUUUUGCAUGGUUGCUGUUCAUAUGUGAUUUAUGGUCAUGAUACUGUGCAUUUAUUUUGUGUACUUUAUUCUUUAGCUCCUGUCUUUAUGCUUUUAGGUUGCUUCCAACAUUAAAGGUUGAGCAGCACCAUUGCUUUAUAUUAUGAUUAGGGGGUAAUUUUCUGUUCUAACCUACGGCAUUAUUGCACAUUAGUGCACAUGAUUGCAAUGGCUUUUACUGACCUAUAAACAUUUUAUGAAUGUGAAUUUGGCUGUCAGCAUAUCACGGAUUUAUAUCACAGAUAUUAGGACUGUGUUUCUUAGUAAUAAGUAAAGUUGCACAAAACAGUGAAGGGAUAGCUAGUGCUAUUUUAAGCUUGUGAUGCUUUGUUCGAUGAAGCUCUCGAACAAAGUAGUACUUUUUUUUCUGAGCCUUGGAAUAUAUCGGCUCAACCAUGCCCUCCAUAAUUCAUGAUUGGUAUAUCGUAAUGGUUCAGUGAGGUCUCUAUGGCUAGCUCUUUCUCAUGGCUUCUUACACCUCUCACUUUUUUUCUCCAGUGGGAAGUGGCGAUGCACAAACAGUUGUGCAAACAGCCUAGCAUUGCUUGAAAGCUAGCAUAUGAUCACCAGUUGGCUAAGGGAAGGAGAGUGCACUUCAGAGAGGCAGGGUUAAUCAGAUGGAAUUAUCAGGAAAUAUUGAGGCAUAUGAAGGAGUCAGCUGAUACAAGGUAGGGGCAACUGGAGAUAGUUGGGAGAAGCCUUCUUCCUGCGGUGGACAUAAAUGGGCUGAUGAUGGUAAUAUACGCACAGCUUGAUAUUGCAGUGCCUUGUUGAAAGCUGAGUGUAGUUCACUUUGUUGACCUGAUGCUCUUUUAAAGAGGCCCAGGCUUACUGUAUAUCGUGGCAAGGAGAGCUAAUCACACUAAAGUCACCAGCCGCAUGUAGACAGCAGCUGGUACUUUUUGAUCAUGUAAUGCCUGUGUGUUGGCUACAUUAUCUUAAUUACCUAAAAAACAACUAAAGGUUUAGACAUAUGCAUUGAAUGCUUUAGUUUGUGUUGUGCUGCUGUAAAGUAUUUAUCCAUUCAUACUUUUAUUUUCAAUCUCAUUUUCUUUCUUUUUUUUUGCAGGCAUGCAAUAACUUGGCAUGAUGUGACUUUUCACCAAAAAUUUGUGAAGCCUUAGAUUAAUUUGUUUGUCAGGCACAUUGUAACAGUAAUUAAUCAGUAUUACCUCUUAUAUAACUGCAUACAUUUCCUACCUGUUUCAAAUGGGAAGAGUCAAUUUUUGUUUGAAAGACAAUAACAGUGUAAAUCAUAAUGAAUUUUUGUAGCAAUAGCAACACAUUACUAGUAGUGGUGGGCCUCAUUAAAUGUGCGAUAAUCACAUAUUAACUAAUGAACUAUAAUUUACUGCUUCCUAACUAUUUCCUUUAAUACACAAAGUAAAAUUGCAGAGUUGAAGGUGUUCAGUGCUUGAGGCAUCUCAACUGAGUAGCAGUUUUGAGACUAGUAGUACCAGUUUCAACAUACUCUUCUUCAAAUACUGUAACAAAAUGCACUGAUGUGCCACUUAAAAUUUGUCCUGCAUCACGUGAGGGAGGCUUUUUGGGAAAGUAUUAAGUGGUGGCUUUGUCUGAAAAUUUGGGGAGAGAUAGCAUGAAACUGAUGCUAGUCUUGGGAUUUUUUCCAUGUGUACAUGGGCCUUGAGCACUGACAUGCUUCUGCUUCACAAUUGAAACUUGUGCCCUAAGGUACACCCGCCAUGGUGGCUUAGUGGCUAUGACAUAGCACUGCUAAAUGUUAGAUCGCAGGAUUGAAAUGCGGCCGCCUGGGAUCGAAUUCCAACAGCGGCGGCCGCAUUGCCUUGGGGCAAAAUGCAAAAACGCCUGUGCACCAUGCAUUGGGUGCAUGUUAAAGAACCUCAGGUGGUCAAAAUUAACCCGGAGUCCUCUACUAUGGCGUGCCUCAUAAUCAGAUCGUGGUUUUGGCACGUAAGACAUCAGAAUUUAAUUUAAAUAAUUUUGCCUAGCAUAAUCAAAUAAAUAUAAUUAUAAAGGCUGGGUAUUAAGUCAGUCUGUUGUUAUUGGCGAUGCACUAUCUCAAAAAUUUGGCUCUCCCCUUUUGAAGCAGUUGGUGAGGUGAUGUGUAUGAAGGUUUUUUUCAGGGCAUUCAUUCCUAACUCAAGAACUUUGCCCUAUUUAUGUUCUGCUGUGGAAAUGUUAGUAAUAAGAUGGCAGUUUUUAUACAUAUGCAAGGCCAUUAACUACACAUAAACAAAGAUGAAUAACAACAACAAAAAAAGACAGACAUACUAAAGCAAUGCGAAUUCUCAGUUUUGUUAUAUGUUUUGUUUUUUUGUGGCGCUGAUCUAUGUGCUGCCAACUACAUAUAUCUGUUCAUUUUUUUUCUCUCGCCUAAUGAACAACAGACAUUUGAACAUAUUGCUUUUGCAUAAAAAGACCUUGUUGCAGGAUAUAAAAUGGAUUGAAGCAGAAUUGAUGUUCUGUCUACAUGGACAGAGUACAUUUCUUUAUUGUGUUUUUUUACAAAAAUAUGCUUCCUCAGGUGUUGACAUUAUUGAGAUUAAAUUAUGUUGCAUUUUCCAGAAAUGAUAGUAUGACCCUGUGAUGUGACCAAUUGUGUCAAAUGAAUACUCUUCCAUGCAUUUCUAUUGCAUCCAUUUUUCAUAGCAACAUUCCCUUAUUUGUGCUUAGAAGUACAGUAUGCUUCAUCUUUUUUUUUGCACCGACACAUUAUGUUGAUAGUCAUUUUUAUUGCCAUGGACAUCUGAAUUAAUGAGGCAGGGACUUCCACAUAAUACAAUUUUGCACUUUCUUGUGUAGAUUUUUAUUUGUUAAUUUAUCACAAAGCGGUACACAUUUGUCGAUAGCUUUAAUGAGUUAGCAUUACCUGUUUUGCUUUUAAACCAGUUUAGAACCUCCUUAGCAGGCUAUCCUCCUAUUCGUACUGCAUUGUCAAGGUUGCAAGAAAUGGAAAUGUUCCUUUUUACAAAAUACUGUUCCUAAGAGCUGCGAUGUUUCUAGGCUAACAUAGCUCAUGACAGCAGCCAUGUAGACAUCUAUGUAGCCCAUUGUGACAUCCGUGUAAUUGUGCAUGUGAAAAAUUGUGCGAGCUGGAAUUGGAGCCCAAAGUUGUGAACUUACUCAUUGUCACGUCAGGGGUCUUAAGCAGUUGCAUGCAGUUGUAUUACAUUAUAGUGAACAACUUAAGAAUGACUAUACACUUGCUGUAUCAAAUGUUUAUUCAGCCAACAAGACUUCUUGAAUACUCAACAAGACAUAGAAUAUUGCAAAUAGCUCUCUAUAAAUCCGCGAAGUGGAGUAAGUUUCGUUAAAGAGAAAAAUUGCCAUCCACUGAGCAUGAAGCUACAAAGGAAGCCCAUAUGGGUUUCCCAGAAAGAGCGCUUCACAGAAGAAAAAUCCGCACUGGUUUGCUUUGUAGCUGCUUGCUACUGUCAGGUGGAUAACAGUUUUUACCUUUCAUCAAUAAGACAAUAAUUGCCAAUGAAUGGGUGGAUGGUUUGUUGCUAUGCCAGCUGGCAUUUGAGGCACUGUUAACUACUGCUAAAAAGACAUGGGACUAGAACGAGAUGCACACAGGACACGACGCUAGUUCUAGGGUCGUGUCCUGUGUGCUUCUCGUACUUGUUUCUCAUCUUUUUUAGUGCUCGAUAACAAUGUCUCAAGUCGGCAAUACGCACCAACUAGCCCAUCUUCCUUCUCUAAUUAUGUCAGAUGAUAAUUUUAAACUUUGUUAAUUGCAAUGGCACAUUCAGUAACUGGAAAAGCAUGUAACUAGAAACUUUAGCACUAAGUUGGUGACAGUUGAACUGACGAUAGCCAGAAAAUGACAUUAUGCAUUCUGUUCUAUCUGUAGCAAAUGGGAAGAGCUUGGGUAGCAACCCAUUGUUUACUCCCAGGGGUCAUUUCUGGGUUGCAGUGGCACUGUGGGGAUGUUGUUGAUACCUGCUCUGAAAUGUUUCUGUGUUUAAAAGCUUUUGUUUCUAUUUCGUAUUUUAACUAUGAGAGCAUAGAUGUUCGUUUGGCAGCUGAUUUUACAUUUACUACAAGCUGAGGCUCACAUUAUGUGAAGUUACUAAACAUUGGUCUUAUUUCACUAAUAGAUUAUUAUUUCUCUCUUUGCUGUGUGAAAUUGAUUUGUAAAUAUGUGAUGGUUUUGUUGCCAUUUACUUACAUCAGCUCUUUCAUCAGGGACUGCUGAAAGAAAUAGAGAAUGCACUGUGAGACAUGUCAGAGGCAGUGCUAAUCAGCAAUGCUGCUCUAGGCACUUUUUAUAAUCUGCCUACAGCCUACAUAGCCCAUGCAGAACGAACUAUAGGCAAGCAGGAUAGCAUAACAUUGCCUAGUAUGGAAAAACUUGAGUGCGAGACACUUCUUGAUCUGUCGCCAGUGAUGAAACAAUCUUGACUGGCAAAUAAUUAUGAACAUAGUGCUAAUCUCACUUACCAAGUUCAUCUAUGACAGAAUUUGUUUUGCAUCUCUCUUUUUUCUUCUCUUUUUUAUGAAAAACGCGCAUGUGCUUGCGUUGUAGUCCACAUUAAAGAACUCCAGGUGGUCAAAAUUAAUCCAGAGCCCUCCACUACGGCAUGCCUCAUAAUCAGAACUCGUUUUGGCACGUGAAACCCCAGAAAGAAGAAUGACGCACAGAAUGAGCAGCUGUCAGCUGUAUGUUCUGUCAGCUAACUAGUGCUAUACUAAUGAUCUGAAAAAUUGUCUCUUAUUUGUAACGCAAUUUUGAGCUGAUACUAAUGCAGGUUUGUAGACUGGCAUUUAAAAACCUUUGAAAUAAAUACUCAUGGUAUAUUGUGUGUUCUUAUUGCGUGGCAAUCUUUUAAGUAUCCAUAUAUUGCAUCACGGGCAUCACAAAACCUUACAAAAUAUCAGGCUUCAAUUAUAUUUAUGCUGUUUCAUAUGUUUAGUGAACUUAUAAGCUUACCUUUGGCCAAAGUAUCUCUUUUUAGACCAUACUUAUAUUCCUUAUUUGUGUUUACCCUAUGGUGAUCGCUGUGUUUAAUGGCAUUUGUGUAUCACGUGGCAUUGUUUGUGAGGUGUGUUUUACAAUGUGUGAUGCUACAUAUUAUUCAUUUUAAGGGGUGUGCAUUUUCUUGUUCACUAAUGUUUCACUUUGCACAUAUCUGUUGCCUAUAGGGCUUGCCCUUUAGUGUUGAUAUUAGCUUGUUAGUCUCUUGUAGCUGUGCACAGUGUAUGUAUGUAUGUGUACCAGUGUAUAUGUAUGUUGAGUAUACCUAUUUGUCAUUUUUGAUCAUUAAUACUCGAGCAGGCAUUUAGAGCUUCUACAUCUUGAUGUUAUUCAGUACUUCGUUUUCCAAUUAGGUUAUGGUACGCCCUGUGCUCAGUUGAGCUUAUGUACUUUUCAGUAAUCCAAUUGUGUGUAAUGCUUUUAUAGUGAAUAAAUGUAACUCUUUUGAGGCCUA